AUGACACAAGAUGGUACAACCUUCACAGCAGUCCCUGAGGUAACAGCAGUCAAUGGUACAUUUUCAGUGCAACCAAAGACAUCAGUGCAAGUCAAAAUUACAUCAACUCCAGAUCAAACCUCUUCGCCACUCGCAACUCUACUCCACUUGAACUCAACUGUGUCACUUGGAAGGUCAUCUCCAGUUGCAAAAACUUUAAAGUCACUCAAGACAACUCCAGUACCAUCUCCAGCAGCUACUUUACCAACUUUUAAUGUGACACUUGGAAAGUCUUCUCCAACUGCAUUUUUAAAAACUUUGGAGCCAAUUGAGAAUAUUUCAUCUCCAACCAGUGUACCUUCAUCUAAAUCAAACAUAUUACCACCAACUGCUUCAAGUCAAGUACCACUUAAUGCAGGAUUUCCCACAAUCAUACCAUAUUCAUCACUUAUUGUUACAAUUUCACUACCGAUUGAUAUAAGUCAAACUCUAACGAGAACAAAUAAACUCGCCCUUGACUUGAGUUUGGGAAAAGCAUCAAUACAUUUUUUACAGGGCAGUACAGCUUUACCUCUUCUUGUAGAGGCCUUGACAAAAUCCAAAGCAUCUUUUCAGCCAAAGACUUCCCUGCUUGUUAACAAAACAUCAACAUUGCAUUCGAUUUUACAACCCAGCAGGACAACUGAGGAACAUCAUAACAUAUCAGCAACACCACAAAGAACAACUUCAGAGAGUGCACAAACAACUUUGUCACCAACUACUAAACCUUUUUCUAAUGUAACGCAACCUUUCCCCCAUGUCUUUUCAAGUCAAGUAACACCAUACAAAAGUUUGGGACCCAUUAGUAUGACUUCUCUGCCAUCAAUAAGACAAUCAUGGGCUUUCAAUGCAAAUGCAGAACCAGCUUCAUUAAAUAAAUCAUUGAAUAAUGCAAGUGUAGAAGCAGCGACAACUUCAUCAAGUAGCAGAACAUCAGCACACGUCACUACAACCUUGCAAACUCUAACUCUCUGUGGGACUUUGACAACAAGGAGUAAAGCUCAUCUGACAAAAGAUGAAUCGUCAUUUCAUCUUACAAUGGUCAACACUACUUCGUCAACAUUUAUUGCAACAUCUGUCCCAAACAAAACAGUGUUACAACCAACAACUUUCAGUACAUCAUCCAAACUAGGUAAAAAUAAAAAAAAAUAAAAUUAUUCAAAGUAAUUUAACUACAGUUAGAAGUUGAAACCAAUGAAACUGAGUUCAACAAAAAUGGCUGUAAUUUGCUAACUCCCUUACCUUGUGUUCCUCCUAUUCUUGCAAACUGUUUAUCCUGUUCUCACUCUACCAGGUCAUUCAGCCACUUCACCAAUAAAUACAACAGCUUCAUCAAUUCCGUCAACAAGCAUAUCUCAUGCAUCAUCCACCAUGGAGGGCGCUGCACUUACAACUGACCCCAAAAUUAGUUUGAUAUUUAAAAUACAGCAAAACUUUACAACAGAGCUUGCAAACAAAUCAUCAACUGAAUUUAAGGCACUGGAGAACACAGUAUCCAUAGCGGUAAGUCUGUUUACAUGUUUGUAUCUUACUCUGUGCGUGCAGUUAAGUGUAUGUGUGCACACACGUGUGUUUGUGAGUGCCUAUGUACGAUGGACAUCAAGGAGAAAGACAAACAGUGUUGAGUGUGUGUGGUUGGGGGGCACUGUAAUAACAUUCACCAGAUGAUUAAAGUCAGAAUUAGUGGUAUCAUAAUUAUGAUCCCAAUUGUGAUGAGUUCAAAUUUAAUUCAUUAAUCAAUUUAAUUAAUUUCAGAUAGAUGUCACACCCUCAUACCUGUCUUUUGACAUCUAUUUUAUAAUGAUUUUUUUCACAGCUUGACCAAGUGUAUACAGCUCAAUAUGGGGCUCUGUUCAACAGAACUGUGGUGAACAAUUUCAGGUACAGUAUUCAAAAUCAAAUUUGUUUGAAAACUGAAUUAAAUCUUGUUGAAAACAUUAAAAAGGGUCUCGAAGCUCAGAAAAUAAAAAUAAUAUUUCCCAACUUUAAAUUAAGCAAAGGUAAAUAAUGACUACAGUGACAAGAAAUAUCAUUUUUGUAAAAAGUAAAAUUUGCUAAUCUGCCAAGCAAUCUUAAAUUCCUAUGAGGCUUAAGAGUUUCCAGUAAUUCAGAAUAUAUUUUGCAUUUUUUUUUUUUAACUUUCCCUCUCUCUAUUUGUGUUGUGUUUUUCUAUGAAUGCAUUGAUGAAUGCAUUUGCAGAUGUGUAAUCUACAAAAAAGAAAACACCAAAGAAAGAAACCAAAAGUAGGUGAAUAUAUGUCAAUUGUUUCUAUUUCUUGCAGUCAAGGAUCCAUCAUUGUGGAUGCAGAGUUGAUCUUCAAUUACCUUGGAUCACUUCCGACUGCCAGUUCUAUGGCCAACACUUUGAGGAUUGCAGCUUUGAACUCUAAUUUUUCUCUCAGUUUAAACACUUCAUAUAUAUUUGUUACAAGUAAGACUUUCAUAAGAUCUCAGACAUGAAAGAAUUUUCAUCUUAUGAUAUUUUAUUAAUUAUAAACUGCUGGUAUGAAAAAGCUCAGAUGUUUGGCAAAGGGGAAGGGAAGAAAAUCAACUAAUGUUUGAAUUUAAAAUUUACAGUUGUGUUUGCUUCAACUCCAUCAACUACUCAAGAUCCAAUGUCGACAUCUAUGACCCCAUCAAUCACACGAUCAUAUCAAACAGUAAUGACUACAAAGUCAGUCCAGGGCAGUUCAACUUUGGCAGCCAUUGCUACAACUUCACCAUCAAUUGAAACAACUUCAGGGCAGCAGACAACAUUAUUGCAACCAGCUACAUCAACCCCUGAUCUUACCACAUUGCCACUUGGGACUUCAGCUAUGGUAACCACAACUGGAAUUCCUGGAACAUCAUCAGCAACCCCAGUAGCAACCACUUCAGAGUCAGUCAGAACCACCUCAACACAAGUCACUGCGACAUCAUCCUCAGCAACCCUAAGUUCAGCCCUCAUCUCUACCAGUCAGUCACCUGAGACAGAAAGCACACAGCCAGUCGGUACAACUUCAAUGACACGCCAAACAGUUUUAACAACGGUUGACACCAGUAUGGCACAAGGAACAUCCCAAAUACCAACACUGAGCACAAUCUUGGAAACUGCUACAUCAUCACAGAGCAGUUCAACUUUGGCAGCCAUUGCUACAACUUCACCAUCAAUUGAAACAACUUCAGGGCAGCAGACGACAUUACUGCAACCAACUACAUCGACACCUGAUCUUACCACAUCGCCACUCGGGACUUCAGCUUUGGUAACCACAACUGGAAUUCCUGGAACAUCAUCAGCAACCCCAGUAGCAACCACUUCAGAGUCAGUCAGGACCACCUCAACACAAGUCACUGCGACAUCAUCCUCAGCAACCCUAAGUUCAGCCCUCAUCUCUACCAGUCAGUCACCUGAGAGAGCGAGCACACAGCCAGUAAUUACAACUUCAUCCACACUCCAAACAGUUUCAACAACGGUUGACACCAGUACGGCACAAGGAACAUCCCAAAUACCAACCCUGAGCACAACCUUGGAAACUGCUACAUCAUCACAGAGCAGUUCAACUUUGGCAGCCAUUGCUACAACUUCACCAUCAAUUGAAACAACUUCAGGGCAGCAGACAACAUUGUUGCAACCAGCUACGUCAACUCCUGAUCUGACAACUUUACACAUCUCAACAUCUUCCUCCACCCCAGUUAUCACAUCGAUUGGUCCAACCACCUCCCUGUCAGGUACAACUUCAGCAGCACCAUCAGUUGCAGCAUCUACUGCCUUAGAAACAACCACAACAAUUGCCCCACAGCUUGAGCCAAAAAUAUCUUUGGUAUUCAAAGUGCAGCAGAAUUUUACCUCAGAGCUUGCAAAUACAUCCUCACCAGAGUUCAAGGCAUUGGAAAGCCAAGUAUCAUCAGCGGUAAGCCUUUACAUCCUUCAUUGAUUAAUAUGUAACUUUAUCAACAAAUUGACAUCACAUCCUGCAGUAACGCAACAAUCAUGUAAUAUACAAACAAAUAUAUCACAUUACAAAACGUCAAAUUUAAUGUUUUUAGAGGAUCUCUAAGAAUCACCUUGAAAUGACACAUAGGCUGGGAGCCAGUCAGGUGCCGACCUUGAGUAAUGCAGCUCAUAGCAAGGUUGUUGUACUGAGAAGACAGUUGUAGUCAUGGAUACAGCUGGUAUCAAGAAUGUAAAGACUCCUCAAUAGAACUUAUUAUUUAAAUGCUGAUUCUUCAGUUACAGAUGAAAGAGCUUGCAAAAUCUCUUACUAGUUUGCUCAGUCUCUUAUUAAUUUUGACACAAGUUGCUCUGAUUCUCUGUACACUCAUGCCCAUUACAAAAACACAAAAAGACAUCCAGGCUUUUUUGUGAUACUCUCAAUUCUAAAGACACACACUCCUUUUCAUAAAUGUCAGAAAUGUAUUUUCUCUGACUUUUGCAAUUGUUCUCCAAAAUUUGUCUUUCACAGCUUGACCAAGUUUAUUCGGCUCAAUAUGGAUCUAGCUUCAACAAGACGGUGAUCAAGGGUUUCAGGUACAUUAUGAUGAUACUGAUGUAAAAUUUUGCAGCCUUAGGUUCUUCCUGUUUAAAUCUUUUCAAAACUACUUCAUUUGUCAUUUUUGGGUGGGAAUCUUUUUUUUGCAAAGGCAAUUUGGUCAAAUAUGCAAAGUUCGGUCAGUGUAAAAGAUGGCACUCCACAUGGACUUCUGCAGUUCAAAAAGGGCAUGGUCCCUUACAGCAUGUCUUUGUUCAUCUUUCUUUCUUCUCUUUCCCCCUAUUUGGAAUCAGUUCCAUCUGUGAUUCCUUAGCUGGUUAAAUUGAUCCCCCCAAACACUUUCAUGACAAAAUGAUUGAAUCAAAUUGGAUUACAACAUUGAAUGGUUAUUUUUUUAAUUAUGUUUUCUUUACAGUCAAGGAUCCAUUGUAGUCGACGCUGAGCUGGUAUUCAAUGAUGUCAGCUCUCUCCCAAAUACCAGUUCAGUGGCUAACACUAUGGUGGCUGCUGCUUCCAGCUCCAAUUUCUCCCUCAGUGUUGACACAUCAUCCAUUGUUGUCACAAGUAAGAUCUUAAUGCUAGCCAUGAAGUCAUUUGCUUCAAGCAAUUUCUUUUUCAUUUUUGUUUAAGCAAUAUUGGUUUUCAAAAGACAUAUUUACAUUAAUGUAACUUGAGAUGAUGUCUCCUCUUUGCAGCUGUGUCAACACCAACACAAGCCCCCGCUCAGGUGACAUUUUCAACAGCAUUAACAUCAUCACAGAGCAGUUCAACUUUGGCAGCCAUUGCUACAACUUCACCAAUCAAUUGAAACAACUUCAGGGCAGCAGACAACAUUGUUGCAACCAGCUACAUCGACACCUGAUCUUACCACAUUGCCACUUGGGACUUCAGCUAUGGUAACCACAACUGGAAUUCCUGGAACAUCAUCAGCAACCCCAGUAGCAACCACUUCAGAGUCAGUCAGGACCACCUCAACACAAGUCACUGCGACAUCAUCCUCGGCAACCCUAAGUUCAGCCCUCAUCUCUACCAGUCAGUCACCUGAGACAGCAAGCACACAGCCAGUCGGUACAACUUCAAUGACACUUCAAACAGUUUCAACAACGGUUGACACCAGUACGGCACAAGGAACAUCCCAAAUACCAACCCUGAGCACAACCUUGGAAACUGCUACAUCAUCACAGAGCAGUUCAACUUUGGCAGCCAUUGCUACAACUUCACCAUCAAUUGAAACAAGUUCAGGGCAGCAGACAACAUUACUGCAACCAACUACAUCGACACCUGAUCUUACCACAUCGCCACUCGGGACUUCAGCUUUGGUAACCACAACUGGAAUUCCUGGAACAUCACUUGCAACCCCACUAGCAACCACUUCAGAGUCAGUCAGGACCACCUCAACACAAGUCACUGCGACAUCAUCCUCGGCAACCCUUAGUUCAGCCCUCAUCUCUACCAGUCAGUCACCUGAGACAGCGAGCACACAGCCAGUCGGUACAACUUCAUCCACACUCCAAACAGUUUCAACAACACUUGACACCAGUACAGCACAAGGAACAUCCCAAAUACCAACACUGAGCACAACCUUGGAAACUGCUACAUCAUCACAGAGCAGUUCAACUUUGGCAGCCAUUGCUACAACUUCACCAUCAAUUGAAACAACUUCGGGGCAGCAGACAACAUUGUUGCAACCAGCUACGUCAACUCCUGAUCUGACAACUUUACACAUCUCAACAUCUUCCUCCACCCCAGUUAUCACAUCGAUUGGUCCAACCACCUCCCUGUCAGGCACAACUUCAGCAGCACCAUCAGUUGCAGCAUCUACUGCCUUAGAAACAACCACAACAAUUGCCCCACAGCUUGAGCCAAAAAUAUCUUUGGUAUUCAAAGUGCAGCAGAAUUUUACCUCAGAGCUUGCAAAUACAUCCUCACCAGAGUUCAAGGCAUUGGAAAGCCAAGUAUCAUCAGCGGUAAGCCUUUACAUCCUUCAUUGAUUAAUAUGUAACUUUAUCAACAAAUUGACAUCACAUCCUGCAGUAACGCAACAAUCAUGUAAUAUACAAACAAAUAUAUCACAUUACAAAAUGUCAAAUUUAAUGUUUUUAGAGGAUCUCUAAGAAUCACCUUGAAAUGACACAUAGGCUGGGAGCCAGUCAGGUGCCGACCUUGAAUAAUGCAGCUCAUAGCAAGGUUGUUGUACUGAGAAGACAGUUGUAGUCAUGGAUACAGCUGGUAUCAAGAAUGUAAAGACUCCUCAAUAGAACUUAUUAUUUAAAUGCUGAUUCUUCAGUUACAGAUGAAAGAGCUUGCAAAAUCUCUUACUAGUUUGCUCGGUCUCUUAUUAAUUUUGACACAAGUUGCUCUGAUUCUCUGUACACUCAUGCCCAUUACAAAAACACAAAAAGACAUCCAGGCUUUUUUUGUGAUACUCUCAAUUCUAAAGACACACACUCCUUUUCAUAAAUGUCAGAAAUGUAUUUUCUCUGACUUUUGCAAUUGUUCUCCAAAAUUUGUCUUUCACAGCUUGACCAAGUUUAUUCGGCUCAAUAUGGAUCUAGCUUCAACAAGACGGUGAUCAAGGGUUUCAGGUACAUUAUGAUGAUACUGAUGUAAAAUUUUGCAGCCUUAGGUUCUUCCUGUUUAAAUCUUUUCAAAACUACUUCAUUUGUCAUUUUUGGGUGGGAAUCUUUUUUUUUUGCAAAGGCAAUAUGGUCAAAUAUGCAAAGUUUGGUCAGUGUAAAAGAUGGCACUCCACAUGGACUUCUGCAGUUCAAAAAGGGCAUGGUCCCUUACAGCAUGUCUUUGUUCAUCUUUCUUUCUUCUCUUUCCCCCUAUUUGGAAUCAGUUCCAUCUGUGAUUCCUUAGCUGGUUAAAUUGAUCCCCCCAAACACUUUCAUGACAAAAUGAUUGAAUCAAAUUGGAUUACAACAUUGAAUGGUUAUUUUUUUAAUUAUGUUUUCUUUACAGUCAAGGAUCCAUUGUAGUCGACGCUGAGCUGGUAUUCAAUGAUGUCAGCUCUCUCCCAAAUACCAGUUCAGUGGCUAACACUAUGGUGGCUGCUGCUUCCAGCUCCAAUUUCUCCCUCAGUGUUGACACAUCAUCCAUUGUUGUCACAAGUAAGAUCUUAAUGCUAGCCAUGAAGUCAUUUGUUUCAAGCAAUUUCUUUUUCAUUUUUGUUUAAGCAGUAUUUGUUUUCAAAAGACACAUAUACAUUAAUGUAACUUGAGAUGAUGUCUCCUCUUUGCAGCUGUGUCAACACCAACACAAGCCCCCGCUCAGGUGACAUUUUCAACAGCAUUUACAUCAUCACAGAGCAGUUCAACUUUGGCAGCCAUUGCUACAACCUCACCAUCAAUUGAAACAACUUCAGGGCAGCAGUCAACAUUACUGCAACCAAGUACAUCGACACCUGGUCUUACCACAUCGCCACUCGAGACUUCAGCUUUGGUAACCACAACUGGAAUUCCUGGAACAUCACUUGCAACCCCAGUAGCAACCACUUCAGAGUCAGUCAGGACCACCUCAACACAAAUCACUGCGACAUCAUCCUCAGCAACCCUAAGUUCAGCCCUCAUCUCUACCAGUCAGUCACCUGAGACAGCGAGCACACAGCCAGUCGGUACAACUUCAUCCACACUCCAAACAGUUUCAACAACACUUGACACCAGUACAGCACAAGGAACAUCCCAAAUACCAACACUGAGCACAACCUUGGAAACUGCUACAUCAUCACAGAGCAGUUCAACUUUGGCAGCCAUUGCUACAACUUCACCAUCAAUUGAAACAACUUCAGGGCAGCAGACGACAUUGUUGCAACCAGCUACAUCGACACCUGAUCUUACCACAUCGCCACUCGGGACUUCAGCUUUGGUAACCACAACUGGAAUUCCUGGAACAUCAUCAGCAACCCCAGUAGCAACCACUUCAGAGUCAGUCAGGACCACCUCAACACAAGUCACUGCGACAUCAUCCUCGGCAACCCUUAGUUCAGCCCUCAUCUCUACCAGUCAGUCACCUGAGACAGCGAGCACACAGCCAGUCGGUACAACUUCAUCCACACUCCAAACAGUUUCAACAACACUUGACACCAGUACAGCACAAGGAACAUCCCAAAUACCAACCCUGAGCACAACCUUGGAAACUGCUACAUCAUCACAGAGCAGUUCAACUUUGGCAGCCAUUGCUACAACUUCACCAUCAAUUGAAACAACUUCAGGGCAGCAGACAACAUUGUUGCAACCAGCUACGUCAACUCCUGAUCUGACAACUUUACACAUCUCAACAUCUUCCUCCACCCCAGUUAUCACAUCGAUUGGUCCAACCACCUCCCUGUCAGGCACAACUUCAGCAGCACCAUCAGUUGCAGCAUCUACUGCCUUAGAAACAACCACAACAAUUGCCCCACAGCUUGAGCCAAAAAUAUCUUUGGUAUUCAAAGUGCAGCAGAAUUUUACCUCAGAGCUUGCAAAUACAUCCUCACCAGAGUUCAAGGCAUUGGAAAGCCAAGUAUCAUCAGCGGUAAGCCUUUACAUCCUUCAUUGAUUAAUAUGUAACUUUAUCAACAAAUUGACAUCACAUCCUGCAGUAACGCAACAAUCAUGUAAUAUACAAACAAAUAUAUCACAUUACAAAAUGUCAAAUUUAAUGUUUUUAGAGGAUCUCUAAGAAUCACCUUGAAAUGACACAUAGGCUGGGAGCCAGUCAGGUGCCGACCUUGAAUAAUGCAGCUCAUAGCAAGGUUGUUGUACUGAGAAGACAGUUGUAGUCAUGGAUACAGCUGGUAUCAAGAAUGUAAAGACUCCUCAAUAGAACUUAUUAUUUAAAUGCUGAUUCUUCAGUUACAGAUGAAAGAGCUUGCAAAAUCUCUUACUAGUUUGCUCAGUCUCUUAUUAAUUUUGACACAAGUUGCUCUGAUUCUCUGUACACUCAUGCCCAUUACAAAAACACAAAAAGACAUCCAGGCUUUUUUUGUGAUACUCUAAAUUCUAUAGACACACACUCCUUUUCAUAAAUGUCAGAAAUGUAUUUUCUCUGACUUUUGCAAUUGUUCUCCAAAAUUUGUCUUUCACAGCUUGACCAAGUUUAUUCGGCUCAAUAUGGAUCUAGCUUCAACAAGACGGUGAUCAAGGGUUUCAGGUACAUUAUGAUGAUACUGAUGUAAAAUUUUGCAGCCUUAGGUUCUUCCUGUUUAAAUCUUUUCAAAACUACUUCAUUUGUCAUUUUUGGGUGGGAAUCUUUUUUUUUUGCAAAGGCAAUAUGGUCAAAUAUGCAAAGUUCGGUCAGUGUAAAAGAUGGCACUCCACAUGGACUUCUGCAGUUCAAAAAGGGCAUGGUCCCUUACAGCAUGUCUUUGUUCAUCUUUCUUUCUUCUCUUUCCCCCUAUUUGGAAUCAGUUCCAUCUGUGAUUCCUUAGCUGGUUAAAUUGAUCCCCCCAAACACUUUCAUGACAAAAUGAUUGAAUCAAAUUGGAUUACAACAUUGAAUGGUUAUCUUUUUAAUUAUGUUUUCUUUACAGUCAAGGAUCCAUUGUAGUCGACGCUGAGCUGGUAUUCAAUGAUGUCAGCUCUCUCCCAAAUACCAGUUCAGUGGCUAACACUAUGGUGGCUGCUGCUUCCAGCUCCAAUUUCUCCCUCAGUGUUGACACAUCAUCCAUUGUUGUCACAAGUAAGAUCUUAAUGCUAGCCAUGAAGUCAUUUGCUUCAAGCAAUUUCUUUUUCAUUUUUGUUUAAGCAGUAUUUGUUUUCAAAAGACAUAUUUACAUUAAUGUAACUUGAGAUGAUGUCUCCUCUUUGCAGCUGUGUCAACACCAACACAAGCCCCCGCUCAGGUGACAUUUUCAACAGCAUUUACAUCAUCACAGAGCAGUUCAACUUUGGCAGCCAUUGCUACAACCUCACCAUCAAUUGAAACAACUUCAGGGCAGCAGUCAACAUUACUGCAACCAAGUACAUCGACACCUGGUCUUACCACAUCGCCACUCGAGACUUCAGCUUUGGUAACCACAACUGGAAUUCCUGGAACAUCACUUGCAACCCCAGUAGCAACCACUUCAGAGUCAGUCAGGACCACCUCAACACAAAUCACUGCGACAUCAUCCUCAGCAACCCUAAGUUCAGCCCAUCAUCUCUACCAGUCAGUCACCUGAGACAGCGAGCACACAGCCAGUCGGUACAACUUCAUCCACACUCCAAACAGUUUCAACAACACUUGACACCAGUACAGCACAAGGAACAUCCCAAAUACCAACCCUGAGCACAACCUUGGAAACUGCUACAUCAUCACAGAGCAGUUCAACUUUGGCAGCCAUUGCUACAACUUCACCAUCAAUUGAAACAACUUCAGGGCAGCAGACAACAUUACUGCAACCAGCUACAUCGACACCUGAUCUUACCACAUCGCCACUCAGGACUUCGGCUUUGGUAACCACAACUGGAAUUCCUGGAACAUCAUCAGCAACCCCACUAGCAACCACUUCAGAGUCAGUCAGGACCACCUCAACACAAGUCACUGCGACAUCAUCCUCGGCAACCCUAAGUUCAGCCCUCAUCUCUACCAGUCAGUUACCUGAGACAGCGAGCACACAGCCAGUCGGUACAACUUCAUCCACACUCCAAACAGUUUCAACAACACUUGACACCAGUACAGCACAAGGAACAUCCCAAAUACCAACACUGAGCACAACCUUGGAAACUGCUACAUCAUCACAGAGCAGUUCAACUUUGGCAGCCAUUGCUACAACUUCACCAUCAAUUGAAACAACUUCAGGGCAGCAGACAACAUUGUUGCAACCAGCUACGUCAACUCCUGAUCUGACAACUUUACACAUCUCAACAUCUUCCUCCACCCCAGUUAUCACAUCGAUUGGUCCAACCACCUCCCUGUCAGGCACAUCUUCAGCAGCACCAUCAGUUGCAGCAUCUACUGCCUUAGAAACAACCACAACAAUUGCCCCACAGCUUGAGCCAAAAAUAUCUUUGGUAUUCAAAGUGCAGCAGAAUUUUACCUCAGAGCUUGCAAAUACAUCCUCACCAGAGUUCAAGGCAUUGGAAAGCCAAGUAUCAUCAGCGGUAAGCCUUUACAUCCUUCAUUGAUUAAUAUGUAACUUUAUCAACAAAUUGACAUCACAUCCUGCAGUAACGCAACAAUCAUGUAAUAUACAAACAAAUAUAUCACAUUACAAAAUGUCAAAUUUAAUGUUUUUAGAGGAUCUCUAAGAAUCACCUUGAAAUGACACAUAGGCUGGGAGCCAGUCAGGUGCCGACCUUGAAUAAUGCAGCUCAUAGCAAGGUUGUUGUACUGAGAAGACAGUUGUAGUCAUGGAUACAGCUGGUAUCAAGAAUGUAAAGACUCCUCAAUAGAACUUAUUAUUUAAAUGCUGAUUCUUCAGUUACAGAUGAAAGAGCUUGCAAAAUCUCUUACUAGUUUGCUCAGUCUCUUAUUAAUUUUGACACAAGUUGCUCUGAUUCUCUGUACACUCAUGCCCAUUACAAAAACACAAAAAGACAUCCAGGCUUUUUUUGUGAUACUCUAAAUUCUAAAGACACACACUCCUUUUCAUAAAUGUCAGAAAUGUAUUUUCUCUGACUUUUGCAAUUGUUCUCCAAAAUUUGUCUUUCACAGCUUGACCAAGUUUAUUCGGCUCAAUAUGGAUCUAGCUUCAACAAGACGGUGAUCAAGGGUUUCAGGUACAUUAUGAUGAUACUGAUGUAAAAUUUUGCAGCCUUAGGUUCUUCCUGUUUAAAUCUUUUCAAAACUACUUCAUUUGUCAUUUUUGGGUGGGAAUCUUUUUUUUGCAAAGGCAAUAUGGUCAAAUAUGCAAAGUUCGGUCAGUGUAAAAGAUGGCACUCCACAUGGACUUCUGCAGUUCAAAAAGGGCAUGGUCCCUUACAGCAUGUCUUUGUUCAUCUUUCUUUCUUCUCUUUCCCCCUAUUUGGAAUCAGUUCCAUCUGUGAUUCCUUAGCUGGUUAAAUUGAUCCCCCCAAACACUUUCAUGACAAAAUGAUUGAAUCAAAUUGGAUUACAACAUUGAAUGGUUAUUUUUUUAAUUAUGUUUUCUUUACAGUCAAGGAUCCAUUGUAGUCGACGCUGAGCUGGUAUUCAAUGAUGUCAGCUCUCUCCCAAAUACCAGUUCAGUGGCUAACACUAUGGUGGCUGCUGCUUCCAGCUCCAAUUUCUCCCUCAGUGUUGACACAUCAUCCAUUGUUGUCACAAGUAAGAUCUUAAUGCUAGCCAUGAAGUCAUUUGCUUCAAGCAAUUUCUUUUUCAUUUUUGUUUAAGCAGUAUUUGUUUUCAAAAGACAUAUUUACAUUAAUGUAACUUGAGAUGAUGUCUCCUCUUUGCAGCUGUGUCAACACCAACACAAGCCCCCGCUCAGGUGACAUUUUCAACAGCAUUUACAUCAUCACAGAGCAGUUCAACUUUGGCAGCCAUUGCUACAACCUCACCAUCAAUUGAAACAACUUCAGGGCAGCAGUCAACAUUACUGCAACCAAGUACAUCGACACCUGGUCUUACCACAUCGCCACUCGAGACUUCAGCUUUGGUAACCACAACUGGAAUUCCUGGAACAUCACUUGCAACCCCAGUAGCAACCACUUCAGAGUCAGUCAGGACCACCUCAACACAAGUCACUGCGACAUCAUCCUCGGCAACCCUUAGUUCAGCCCUCAUCUCUACCAGUCAGUCACCUGAGACAGCGAGCACACAGCCAGUCGGUACAACUUCAUCCACACUCCAAACAGUUUCAACAACACUUGACACCAGUACAGCACAAGGAACAUCCCAAAUACCAACACUGAGCACAACCUUGGAAACUGCUACAUCAUCACAGAGCAGUUCAACUUUGGCAGCCAUUGCUACAACUUCACCAUCAAUUGAAACAACUUCAGGGCAGCAGACAACAUUGUUGCAACCAGCUACAUCGACACCUGAUCUUACCACAUCGCCACUCGGGACUUCAGCUUUGGUAACCACAACUGGAAUUCCUGGAACAUCAUCAGCAACCCCACUAGCAACCACUUCAGAGUCAGUCAGGACCACCUCAACACAAGUCACUGCGACAUCAUCCUCAGCAACCCUAAGUUCAGCCCUCAUCUCUACCAGUCAGUCACCUGAGACAGCGAGCACACAGCCAGUCGGUACAACUUCAUCCACACUCCAAACAGUUUCAACAACACUUGACACCAGUACAGCACAAGGAACAUCCCAAAUACCAACACUGAGCACAACCUUGGAAACUGCUACAUCAUCACAGAGCAGUUCAACUUUGGCAGCCAUUGCUACAACUUCACCAUCAAUUGAAACAACUUCAGGGCAGCAGACAACAUUGUUGCAACCAGCUACGUCAACUCCUGAUCUGACAACUUUACACAUCUCAACAUCUUCCUCCACCCCAGUUAUCACAUCGAUUGGUCCAACCACCUCCCUGUCAGGCACAUCUUCAGCAGCACCAUCAGUUGCAGCAUCUACUGCCUUAGAAACAACCACAACAAUUGCCCCACAGCUUGAGCCAAAAAUAUCUUUGGUAUUCAAAGUGCAGCAGAAUUUUACCUCAGAGCUUGCAAAUACAUCCUCACCAGAGUUCAAGGCAUUGGAAAGCCAAGUAUCAUCAGCGGUAAGCCUUUACAUCCUUCAUUGAUUAAUAUGUAACUUUAUCAACAAAUUGACAUCACAUCCUGCAGUAACGCAACAAUCAUGUAAUAUACAAACAAAUAUAUCACAUUACAAAAUGUCAAAUUUAAUGUUUUUAGAGGAUCUCUAAGAAUCACCUUGAAAUGACACAUAGGCUGGGAGCCAGUCAGGUGCCGACCUUGAAUAAUGCAGCUCAUAGCAAGGUUGUUGUACUGAGAAGACAGUUGUAGUCAUGGAUACAGCUGGUAUCAAGAAUGUAAAGACUCCUCAAUAGAACUUAUUAUUUAAAUGCUGAUUCUUCAGUUACAGAUGAAAGAGCUUGCAAAAUCUCUUACUAGUUUGCUCAGUCUCUUAUUAAUUUUGACACAAGUUGCUCUGAUUCUCUGUACACUCAUGCCCAUUACAAAAACACAAAAAGACAUCCAGGCUUUUUUUGUGAUACUCUAAAUUCUAAAGACACACACUCCUUUUCAUAAAUGUCAGAAAUGUAUUUUCUCUGACUUUUGCAAUUGUUCUCCAAAAUUUGUCUUUCACAGCUUGACCAAGUUUAUUCGGCUCAAUAUGGAUCUAGCUUCAACAAGACGGUGAUCAAGGGUUUCAGGUACAUUAUGAUGAUACUGAUGUAAAAUUUUGCAGCCUUAGGUUCUUCCUGUUUAAAUCUUUUCAAAACUACUUCAUUUGUCAUUUUUGGGUGGGAAUCUUUUUUUUUUGCAAAGGCAAUAUGGUCAAAUAUGCAAAGUUCGGUCAGUGUAAAAGAUGGCACUCCACAUGGACUUCUGCAGUUCAAAAAGGGCAUGGUCCCUUACAGCAUGUCUUUGUUCAUCUUUCUUUCUUCUCUUUCCCCCUAUUUGGAAUCAGUUCCAUCUGUGAUUCCUUAGCUGGUUAAAUUGAUCCCCCCAAACACUUUCAUGACAAAAUGAUUGAAUCAAAUUGGAUUACAACAUUGAAUGGUUAUUUUUUUAAUUAUGUUUUCUUUACAGUCAAGGAUCCAUUGUAGUCGACGCUGAGCUGGUAUUCAAUGAUGUCAGCUCUCUCCCAAAUACCAGUUCAGUGGCUAACACUAUGGUGGCUGCUGCUUCCAGCUCCAAUUUCUCCCUCAGUGUUGACACAUCAUCCAUUGUUGUCACAAGUAAGAUCUUAAUGCUAGCCAUGAAGUCAUUUGCUUCAAGCAAUUUCUUUUUCAUUUUUGUUUAAGCAGUAUUUGUUUUCAAAAGACAUAUUUACAUUAAUGUAACUUGAGAUGAUGUCUCCUCUUUGCAGCUGUGUCAACACCAACACAAGCCCCCGCUCAGGUGACAUUUUCAACAGCAUUUACAUCAUCACAGAGCAGUUCAACUUUGGCAGCCAUUGCUACAACCUCACCAUCAAUUGAAACAACUUCAGGGCAGCAGUCAACAUUACUGCAACCAAGUACAUCGACACCUGGUCUUACCACAUCGCCACUCGAGACUUCAGCUUUGGUAACCACAACUGGAAUUCCUGGAACAUCACUUGCAACCCCAGUAGCAACCACUUCAGAGUCAGUCAGGACCACCUCAACACAAAUCACUGCGACAUCAUCCUCAGCAACCCUAAGUUCAGCCCUCAUCUCUACCAGUCAGUCACCUGAGACAGCAAGCACACAGCCAGUCGGUACAACUUCAUCCACACUCCAAACAGUUUCAACAACACUUGACACCAGUACAGCACAAGGAACAUCCCAAAUACCAACACUGAGCACAACCUUGGAAACUGCUACAUCAUCACAGAGCAGUUCAACUUUGGCAGCCAUUGCUACAACUUCACCAUCAAUUGAAACAACUUCAGGGCAGCAGACAACAUUGUUGCAACCAGCUACGUCAACUCCUGAUCUGACAACUUUACACAUCUCAACAUCUUCCUCCACCCCAGUUAUCACAUCGAUUGGUCCAACCACCUCCCUGUCAGGCACAACUUCAGCAGCACCAUCAGUUGCAGCAUCUACUGCCUUAGAAACAACCACAACAAUUGCCCCACAGCUUGAGCCAAAAAUAUCUUUGGUAUUCAAAGUGCAGCAGAAUUUUACCUCAGAGCUUGCAAAUACAUCCUCACCAGAGUUCAAGGCAUUGGAAAGCCAAGUAUCAUCAGCGGUAAGCCUUUACAUCCUUCAUUGAUUAAUAUGUAACUUUAUCAACAAAUUGACAUCACAUCCUGCAGUAACGCAACAAUCAUGUUAUAUACAAACAAAUAUAUCACAUUACAAAAUGUCAAAUUUAAUGUUUUUAGAGGAUCUCUAAGAAUCACCUUGAAAUGACACAUAGGCUGGGAGCCAGUCAGGUGCCGACCUUGAAUAAUGCAGCUCAUAGCAAGGUUGUUGUACUGAGAAGACAGUUGUAGUCAUGGAUACAGCUGGUAUCAAGAAUGUAAAGACUCCUCAAUAGAACUUAUUAUUUAAAUGCUGAUUCUUCAGUUACAGAUGAAAGAGCUUGCAAAAUCUCUUACUAGUUUGCUCAGUCUCUUAUUAAUUUUGACACAAGUUGCUCUGAUUCUCUGUACACUCAUGCCCAUUACAAAAACACAAAAAGACAUCCAGGCUUUUUUUGUGAUACUCUCAAUUCUAAAGACACACACUCCUUUUCAUAAAUGUCAGAAAUGUAUUUUCUCUGACUUUUGCAAUUGUUCUCCAAAAUUUGUCUUUCACAGCUUGACCAAGUUUAUUCGGCUCAAUAUGGAUCUAGCUUCAACAAGACGGUGAUCAAGGGUUUCAGGUACAUUAUGAUGAUACUGAUGUAAAAUUUUGCAGCCUUAGGUUCUUCCUGUUUAAAUCUUUUCAAAACUACUUCAUUUGUCAUUUUUGGGUGGGAAUCUUUUUUUUUUGCAAAGGCAAUAUGGUCAAAUAUGCAAAGUUCGGUCAGUGUAAAAGAUGGCACUCCACAUGGACUUCUGCAGUUCAAAAAGGGCAUGGUCCCUUACAGCAUGUCUUUGUUCAUCUUUCUUUCUUCUCUUUCCCCCUAUUUGGAAUCAGUUCCAUCUGUGAUUCCUUAGCUGGUUAAAUUGAUCCCCCCAAACACUUUCAUGACAAAAUGAUUGAAUCAAAUUGGAUUACAACAUUGAAUGGUUAUUUUUUUAAUUAUGUUUUCUUUACAGUCAAGGAUCCAUUGUAGUCGACGCUGAGCUGGUAUUCAAUGAUGUCAGCUCUCUCCCAAAUACCAGUUCAGUGGCUAACACUAUGGUGGCUGCUGCUUCCAGCUCCAAUUUCUCCCUCAGUGUUGACACAUCAUCCAUUGUUGUCACAAGUAAGAUCUUAAUGCUAGCCAUGAAGUCAUUUGCUUCAAGCAAUUUCUUUUUCAUUUUUGUUUAAGCAGUAUUUGUUUUCAAAAGACAUAUUUACAUUAAUGUAACUUGAGAUGAUGUCUCCUCUUUGCAGCUGUGUCAACACCAACACAAGCCCCCGCUCAGGUGACAUUUUCAACAGCAUUUACAUCAUCACAGAGCAGUUCAACUUUGGCAGCCAUUGCUACAACCUCACCAUCAAUUGAAACAACUUCAGGGCAGCAGUCAACAUUACUGCAACCAAGUACAUCGACACCUGGUCUUACCACAUCGCCACUCAGGACUUCAGCUUUGGUAACCACAACUGGAAUUCCUGGAACAUCACUUGCAACCCCAGUAGCAACCACUUCAGAGUCAGUCAGGACCACCUCAACAAAAGUCACUGCGACAUCAUCCUCAGCAACCCUAAGUUCAGCCCUCAUCUCUACCAGUCAGUCACCUGAGACAGCGAGCACACAGCCAGUCGGUACAACUUCAUCCACACUCCAAACAGUUUCAACAACACUUGACACCAGUACAGCACAAGGAACAUCCCAAAUACCAACACUGAGCACAACCUUGGAAACUGCUACAUCAUCACAGAGCAGUUCAACUUUGGCAGCCAUUGCUACAACUUCACCAUCAAUUGAAACAACUUCAGGGCAGCAGACAACAUUGUUGAAACCAGCUACAUCGACACCUGAUCUUACCACAUCGCCACUCGGGACUUCAGCUUUGGUAACCACAACUGGAAUUCCUGGAACAUCACUUGCAACCCCAGUAGCAACCACUUCAGAGUCAGUCAGGACCACCUCAACACAAGUCACUGCGACAUCAUCCUCGGCAACCCUUAGUUCAGCCCUCAUCUCUACCAGUCAGUCACCUGAGACAGCGAGCACACAGCCAGUAAUUACAACUUCAUCCACACUCCAAACAGUUUCAACAACACUUGACACCAGUACAGCACAAGGAACAUCCCAAAUACCAACCCUGAGCACAACCUUGGAAACUGCUACAUCAUCACAGAGCAGUUCAACUUUGGCAGCCAUUGCUACAACUUCACCAUCAAUUGAAACAACUUCAGGGCAGCAGACAACAUUGUUGCAACCAGCUACGUCAACUCCUGAUCUGACAACUUUACACAUCUCAACAUCUUCCUCCACCCCAGUUAUCACAUCGAUUGGUCCAACCACCUCCCUGUCAGGCACAACUUCAGCAGCACCAUCAGUUGCAGCAUCUACUGCCUUAGAAACAGCCACAACAAUUGCCCCACAGCUUGAGCCAAAAAUAUCUUUGGUAUUCAAAGUGCAGCAGAAUUUUACCUCAGAGCUUGCAAAUACAUCCUCACCAGAGUUCAAGGCAUUGGAAAGCCAAGUAUCAUCAGCGGUAAGCCUUUACAUUCUUCAUUGAUUAAUAUGUAACUUUAUCAACAAAUUGACAUCACAUCCUGCAGUAACGCAACAAUCAUGUAAUAUACAAACAAAUAUAUCACAUUACAAAAUGUCAAAUUUAAUGUUUUUAGAGGAUCUCUAAGAAUCACCUUGAAAUGACACAUAGGCUGGGAGCCAGUCAGGUGCCGACCUUGAAUAAUGCAGCUCAUAGCAAGGUUGUUGUACUGAGAAGACAGUUGUAGUCAUGGAUACAGCUGGUAUCAAGAAUGUAAAGACUCCUCAAUAGAACUUAUUAUUCAAAUGCUGAUUCUUCAGUUACAGAUGAAAGAGCUUGCAAAAUCUCUUACUAGUUUGCUCAGUCUCAUUAAUUUUGACACAAGUUGCUCUCAUUCUCUGUACACUCAUGCCCAUUACAAAAACACAAAAAGACAUCCAGGCUUUUUUUGUGAUACUCUCAAUUCUAAAGACACACACUUCUUUUCAUAAACGUCAGAAAUGUAUUUUCUGACUUUUGCAAUUGUUCUCCAAAAUGUGUCUUUCACAGCUUGACCAAGUUUAUUCGGCUCAAUAUGGAUCUAGCUUCAACAAGACGGUGAUCAAGGGUUUCAGGUACAUGAUGAUGAUGAUGAUGUAAAAUUUUGCAGCCUUAGGUUCUUCCUGUUUAAAUCUUUCCAAAUAUGCUUCAUUUGUCAUUUUUGGGGAGGGAACCAAAUUUUCUUUUAGCAAAGGCAAUAUGGUCAAAUAUGCAAAGUUCAGUCACUAUAAAAAGAUCUCCACAUGAACCCCCAUGCAGUUAAAAAAGGGCAUGGUCCCUAACUGCAUGUCUUCAUCUUUCAUAACAAAAUGAUUUAAUCCAAUUGGGUUACAACAUUGACUGGUUAUCUUUUUGAUGAUAUUUUCUUUACAGUCAAGGAUCCGUUGUAGUCGACGCUGAGCUGGUAUUCAAUGAUGUCAGCUCUCUCCCAAAUACCAGUUCAGUGGCUGACACUUUGGUGUCUGCUGCUUCCAGCUCUAAUUUCUCUCUCAGUGUUGACACAUCAUCCAUUGUUGUCACAAGUAAGAUCUUAAUGCUAGCCAUGAAGUAAUUUGCUUCAAGCUAUUUUUUUAAAUUGUUGUUUAAGCAAUGUUUGUUUUUAAAAGACACAUAUACAUUAAUGUAACUUGAGAUAUUGUCUCCUCUUUGCAGCUGUGUCAACACCAACACAAGCCCCCGCUCAGGUGACAUUUUCAACAACAUUUACAUCAUCACAGAGCAGUUCAACUUUGGCAGCCAUCACUACAACUUCACCAUCAAUUGAAACAACUUCAGGGCAGCAGUCAACAUUGCUGCAACCAGCUACAUCGACACCUGAUCUUACCACAUCGCCACUCAGGACUUCGGCUUUGGUAACCACAACUGGAAUUCCUGGAAAAUCAUCAGCAACCCCAGUAGCAACCACCUCAGAGUCAGUCAGGACCACCUCAACACAAGUCACUGCGACAUCAUCCUCGGCAACCCUAAGUUCAGCCCUCAUCUCUACCAGUCAGUCACCUGAGACAGCAAGCACACAGCCAAUUACAACUCCACUGACACUCCAAACAGUUUCAACAACACUUGACACCAGUACAGCACAAGGAACAUCCCAAAUACCAACCCUGAGCACAACCUUGGAAACUGCUACAUCAUCACAGAGCAGUUCAACUUUGGCAGCCAUUGCUACAACUUCACCAUCAAUUGAAACAACUUCAGGGCAGCAGACAACAUUGUUGCAACCAGCUACGUCAACUCCUGAUCUGACAACUUUAAAAACCUCAACAUCUUUCUCCACCCUAGUCAUCACAUCGAUUGGACCAAGCACCUCCCUGUCAGGCACAUCUUCAGCAGCACCAUCAGUUGCAGCAUCUACUGCCUUAGAAACAACCACAACAAUUGCCCCACAGCUUGAGCCAAAAAUAUCUUUGGUAUUCAAAGUGCAGCAGAAUUUUACCUCAGAGCUUGCAAAUACAUCCUCACCAGAGUUCAAGGCAUUGGAAAGCCAAGUAUCAUCAGCGGUAAGCCUUUACAUUCUUCAUUGAUUAAUAUGUAACUUUAUCAACAAAUUGACAUCACAUCCUGCAGUAAUGCAACAAUCAUGUAAUAUACUAACAAAUAUAUCACAUUACAAAACAUCAAAUUUAAUGUUUUUAGAGCAUCUUUAAGAAUAACCUUGAAAACAGACAUGGGCUGGGAGCCAGUCAGGUGCCAACCUUGAGUAAUGCAGCUCAUAGCAAGGUUGUUGUACUGAGAAGACAGUUGUAGUCAUGGAUACAGCUGGUAUCAUGAGUGUAAAGACUCCUCAAUAGAACUUAUUAUUCAAAUGCUGAUUCUUCAGUUACAGAUGAAAGAGCUUGCAAAAUCUCUUACUCGUUAACUCAAUCUCCUUCUGUUUUGACAUAAGUUGAUCUUAUUCUCUCUACACACAUAUCCACUAAAAAAACACAAAAGGGAAUCCAGGCUUUUUUGUGAUACUCUUUAUUUCCAAAAACACACACUUCUUUUCAUCAAUGUCAGAAAUGUAUUUUCUCUGACUUUUGCAAUUGUUCUCCAAAAUGUGUCUUUCACAGCUUGACCAAGUUUAUUCGGCUCAAUAUGGAUCUAGCUUCAACAAGACGGUGAUCAAGGGUUUCAGGUACAUUAUGAUGAUACUGAUGUAAAAUUUUGCAGCCUUAGGUUCUUCCUGUUUAAAUCUUUUCAAAUAUGCUUCAUUUGUCAUUUUUGGGUUGGAUUUUUUUUUUUUUUGGCAAAGGCAAUAUGGUCAAAUAUGCAAAGUUCGGUCACUAUAAAAGAUGGCACUCCAUAUGGACCCCUGCAGUUCAAAAAGGGCAUGGUCCCUAACUGCAUGUCUUCAUCUUUCAUAACAAAAUGAUUUAAUCCAAUUGGGUUACAACAUUGACUGGUUAUCUUUUUGAUGAUAUUUUCUUUACAGUCAAGGAUCCGUUGUAGUCGACGCUGAGCUGGUAUUCAAUGAUGUCAGCUCUCUCCCAAAUACCAGUUCAGUGGCUGACACUUUGGUGUCUGCUGCUUCCAGCUCUAAUUUCUCCCUCAGUGUUGACACAUCAUCCAUUGUUGUCACAAGUAAGAUCUUAAUGCUAGCUAUAGAGUCUGUUGCUUUAAGCAAUUUCUUUUAAUUGUUGUUUAAGCAAUGUUUGUUUUCAAAAGACACAUAUGCAUUAAUGUAACUUGAGAUGAUGUCUCCUCUUUGCAGCUGUGUCAACACCAACACAAGCCCCUGCUCAGGUGACAUUUUCAACAGCAUUUACAUCAUCACAGAGCAGUUCAACUUUGGCAGCCAUCACUACAGCCUCACCAUCAAUUAAAACAACUUCAGGGCAGCAGUCAACAUUGCUGCAACCAACUACAUUGACACCUGAUCUCACCACAUCGUCACUCGGGACUUCAGCUUUGGUAACCACAGCUGGAAUUCCUGGAACAUCAUCUGCAACCCCAUUAGCAAUUACUUCAGAGUCAGUCAGGACCACCUCAACACAAGUCACUGCAACAUCAUCCUCGGCAACCCUAAGUUCAGCCCUUAUCUCUACCAGUCAAUCACCUGAGACAGCAAGCACACAGCCAGCCAUUACAACUCCAUUGACACUCCAAACUGAUUCAACAACACUUGACACCAGUACAGCACAAGGAACAUCCCAAAUACCAACCCUAAGCACAACCUUGGAAACUGCCACAUCAUCACAGAGCAGUUCAACUUUGGCAGCCAUUGCUACAACUUCACCAUCAAUUGAUACAACUUCAGGGCAGCAGACAACAUCGUUACAACCUACUACGUCAACUCCUGAUCUGACAACUUUACACAUCUCAACAUCUUCCUCCACCCCAGUUAUCACAUCAGAUGUUCCAACCACCUCCCUGCUCGGCACAACUAUAGCAGCACCAUCAGUUGCAACCCCUACUGCCUCAGAAACAACCAAAACAAUUGCCCCACAGCUUGAGCCAAAAAUAUCUUUAGUAUUCAAAGUGCAGCAGAAUUUUACCUCAGAGCUUGCAAAUACAUCCUCACCAGAGUUCAAGGCAUUGGAAAGCCAAGUAUCAUCAGCGGUAAGCCUUUACAUUCUUCAUUGAUUAAUAUGUAACUUUAUCAACAAAUUGACAUCACAUCCUGCAGUAAUGCAACAAUCAUGUAAUAUACUUACAAAUAUAUCACAUAUGCCUUUUUCAAAUUUUAUUUUCUUAAGAGCAUCUUUAAGAAUAACCUUUUAAUGAGACAGGCUUAGAGCCAGUCAGGUGCCAACCUUGAGUAAUGCAGCUCAUAGCAAGGUUGUUGUACUGAGAAGACAGUUGUAGUCAUGGAUACAGCUGGUAUCAUGAGUGUAAAAACUCAUCAAUUUAACUUAAUAUUCAAAUGCUGAUUCUUAAGUUACAGAUGAAAGAGCUUGCAAAAUCCUUUACUAGUUUACUCAAUCUCCUAUUAUUUUGACACACAAUCUUUCAUUUUCUCUACACACAUAUCCAUUAAAAAAUACAAAAGGGAAUCCAGGCUUUUUUGUGAUACUCUUAAUUCUAAAGACACACACUUCUGUUCAUAAAUGUCAGAAAUGUAUUUUCUCUGACUUUUAAAAUCAUUCUCCAAAAUUUGUCUUUCACAGCUUGACCAAGUUUAUUCGGCUCAAUAUGGAUCUAGCUUCAACAGGACAGUGAUCAAGGGUUUCAGGUACAUGAUGAUGAUACUGAUAUGACUUUUGCAGCCUCAGGUUCUUCCUGUUUGAAUAUCCUAAAUGUACCUUAAAAACAAAAAAAAGUCAAAAUAGUCAAACAUGCAGAGUUCUGUCAGUGUAAAAGAUUUCACUUUGCAUGGACCCCUGCAGUUAAAAAAAGGUCAUAUCCCCUUGCUGCAUUUUUUUCCUCAUCUUUCAAUCUUUUCUCUUCCAAUCUGGAAUCAGCCCCACCUCUGAUUCCUUAGCUGGUCCCUAAGCAUUGAUCCCCCCAAACAAUUUAAUAACAAAAUGAUUGAAUCAAAAUUGUAUAACAACAUUAAAUGGUUAACUUUUUGAUGAUAUUUUCUUUACAGUCAAGGAUCCAUUGUAGUUGACGCUGAGCUGGUAUUCAAUGAUGUCAGCUCUCUCCCAAAUACCGGUUCUGUGGCUGACACUUUGGUGUCUGCUGCUUCCAACUCUAAUUUCUCUCUCAGUGUCGACACAUCAUCCAUUGUUGUCACAAGUAAGAUCUGAAUGCUAGCAAUGAAGUAAUUUGCUUUAAGCAAUUUUUUUAAAUUGUUGUUUAAGCAAUGUUUGUUUUCAAAAGACACAUUUACAGUAAUGUAACUUGAGAUAAUGUCUCCUCUUUGCAGCUGUGUCAACACCGACACAAGCCCCUGCUCAGGUGACAUUUUCAACAACAUUUACAUCAUCACAGAGCAGUUCAACUUUGGCAGCCAUCAUUACAACCUCACCAUCAAUUGAAACAACUUCAGGGCAGCAGUCAACAUUGCUGCAACCAACUACAUUGACACCUGAUCUCACCACAUCGCCACUCGGGACUUCAGCUUUGGUAACCACAGCUGGAAUUCCUGGAACAUCAUCUGCAACCCCAGUAGCAACCACUUCAGAGUCAGUAAGGACCACCUCAACACAAGUCACUGCGACAUCAUCCUCGGCAACCCUAAGUUCAGCCCUCAUCUCUACCAGUCAAUUAGCUGAAACAGCAAGCACACAGCCAGCCAUUACAACUCCAUCGACACUCCAAACUGUUUUAACAACACUUGACACCAGUACAGCACAAGGAACAUCCCGAAAACCAACCCUGAGCACAACCUUGGAAACUGCUACAUCCUCACAGAGCAGUUCAACUUUGGCAGCCAUUGCUACAACUUCACCAUCAAUUGAAACAACUUCAGGGCAGCAGACAACAUUGUUUCAACCUACUACGUCAACUCCUGAUCUGACAACUUUACACAUCUCAACAUCUUCCUCCACCCCAGUUAUCACAUCAAUUGUUCCAACCGACUCCCUGUUAGGCACAACUAUAGCAGCACCAUCAGUUGUAACCCCUACUGCCUCAGAAACAACAACAACAAUUGCCUCGCAGCUUGAGCCAAAAAUAUCUUUGGUAUUCAAAGUGCAGCAGAAUUUUACUUCAGAGCUUACAAAUACAUCCUCACCAGAGUACAAGGCAUUGGAAAGCCAAGUAUCAACCGCGGUAAGCCUUUACAUUCUUCAUUGAUUAAUAUGUAACUUUAUCAACAAAUUGACAUCACAUCCUGCAGUUUUGCAACAAUCAUGUAAUAUACUUACAAAUAUAUCACAUAUGCCUUUUUCAAAUUUUAUUUUCUUAAGAGCAUCUUUAAGAAUAACCUUUUAAUGAGACAGGCUUAGAGCCAGUCAGGUGCCAACCUUGAGUAAUGCAGCUCAUAGCAAGGUUGUUGUACUGAGAAGACAGUUGUUGUCAUAGAUACAGCUGGUAUCAUGAGUGUAAAAACUCCUCAGUAGAACUUAUUAUUCAAAUGCUGAUUCUUCAGUUACAGAUGAAAGAGCUUGCAAAAUCUUUUACUAGUUUACUCAAUCUCCUAUUAUUUUGACACACAAUCUUUCAUUUUCUCUACACACAUAUCCAUUAAAAAAUACAAAAGGGAAUCCAGGCUUUUUUGUGAUGCUCUUAAUUCUAAAGACACACACUUCUGUUCAUAAAUGUCAGAAAUGUAUUUUCUCUGACUUUUAAAAUCAUUCUCCAAAAUUUGUCUUUCACAGCUUGACCAAGUUUAUUCGGCUCAAUAUGGAUCUAGCUUCAACAGGACAGUGAUCAAGGGUUUCAGGUACAUGAUGAUGAUACUGAUAUGACUUUUGCAGCCUCAGGUUCUUCCUGUUUGAAUAUCCUAAAUGUACCUUAAAAACAAAAAAAAGUCAAAAUAGUCAAACAUGCAGAGUUCUGUCAGUGUAAAAGAUUUCACUUUGCAUGGACCCCUGCAGUUAAAAAAAGGUCAUAUCCCCUUGCUGCAUUUUUUUUCCUCAUCUUUCAAUCUUUUCUCUUCCCUCAAUCUGGAAUCAGCCCCACCUCUGAUUCCUUAGCUGGUUAAGUUGAUCCCCCCAAACAAUUUAAUAACAAAAUGAUUGAAUCAAAAUUGUAUAACAACAUUAAAUGGUUAACUUUUUGAUGAUAUUUUCUUUACAGUCAAGGAUCCAUUGUAGUUGACGCUGAGCUGGUAUUUAAUGAUGUCAGCUCUCUCCCAAAUACCAGUUCUGUGGCUGACACUUUGGUGUCUGCUGCUUCCAGCUCUAAUUUCUCCCUCAGUGUCGACACAUCAUCCAUUGUUGUCACAAGUAAGAUCUUAAUGCUAGCUAUAGAGUCUGUUGCUUUAACCAAUUUUUUUAAAUUGUUGUUUAAGCAAUAUUUGUUUUCAAAAGACACAUUUACAUUAAUGUAACUUGAGAUGAUGUCUCCUCUUUGCAGCUGUGUCAACACCAACACAAGCCCCCGCUCAGGUGACAUUUUCAACAGCAUUUACAUCAUCACAGAGCAGUUCAACUUUGGCAGCCAUUACUACAACUUCUCCAUCAAUUGAAACAACUUCAGGGCAGCAGACAACAUUGUUGCAACCAGCUACAUCAACUCCUGAUCUUACCACAUUGCCACUUGGGACUUCAGCUUUGGUAACCACAGCUGGAAUUCCUGGAACAUCAUCAGCAACCCCAGUAGCAACCACUUCAGAGUCAGUAAGGACCACCUCAACACAAGUCACUGCGACAUCAUCCUCGGCAACCCUAAGUUCAGCCCACAUCUCUACCAGUCAAUCACCUGAGACAGCAAGCACACAGCCAGCUAUUACAACUCCAUCGACACUCCAAACAGUUUCAACAACACUUGACACCAGUACAGCACAAGGAACAUCCCAGAUACCAUCCCUAAGCACAACCUUGGAAACUGCUACAUCAUCACAGAGCAGUUCAACUUUGGCAGCCAUUGCUACAACUUCACCAUCAAUUGAAACAACUUUAGGGCAGCAGACAACAUCGUUACAACCUACUACGUCAACUCCUGAUCUGACAACUUUACAUAUCUCAACAUCUUCCUCCACCCCAGUUAUCACAUCAGAUGUUCCAACCACCUCCCUGCUCGGCACAACUAUAGCAGCAACAUCAGUUCCAACCACUACUGCCUCAGAAACAACAACAAUUGCCUCUCAGCUUGAGCAAAAAAUAUCUUUGGUAUUCAACUUGCAGCAGAAUUUUACUUCAGAGCUUACAAAUACAUCCUCACCAGAGUACAAGGCAUUGGAAAGCCAAGUAUCAACAGCGGUAAGCCUUCAAAUUCUUCAUUGAUUAAUAUGUAACUUUAUCAACAAAUUGACAUCACAUCCUGCAGUAAUGCAACAAUUAUGUAAUAUACCAACAAAUAUAUCACAUAUGCCUUUUUCAAAUUUUAUUUUCUUAAGAGCAUCUCUAAGAAUCACCUUGAAAUGAGAUAUAGGCUUAGAGCCAGUCAGGUGCCAACCUUGAGUAAUGCAGCUCAUAGCAAGGUUGUUGUACUGAGAAGACAGUUGUAGUCAUGGAUACAGCUGGUAUCAUGAGUGUAAAAACUCUUCAAUAGAACUUAUUAUUAAAAUGCUGAUUCUUCAGUUACAGAUGAAAGAGCUUGCGAAAUCUCUCCCUAUUUUACUCAGUUUCUUAUCAAUUUUGACAUAAGUUGCUCUUAUUCUCUCCACACACAUCUAUUAAAAAACACAAAGAGCAAUCCAGGCUUUUUUGUGAUACUCAUUAUUCUUAAGACACACACUUCUUUUCAUAAAUUGUAGAAAUGUAUUUUCUCUGACUUUUACAAUCAUGCUCUUAAAUGUGCCUUUCACAGCUUGACCAAGUUUAUUCGGCUCAAUAUGGAUCCAGCUUCAAAAGGACCGAUAUCAAGGGUUUCAGGUACAUGAUAAUUAUUCUUCUAUAAUUUUUGCAGCCAUUGGUUCUUCCUUUUUGAAAACCUCUCAAAAUGUACCUAUUUAGUCCUUUUUCAGGGCGACACAACUUUUUUUUUUCACAAAGACAAAAUAGUAAAACGUUCUUUUUUCCCCCUAUUUUGAAUCAGUUCUUUCUGUGAUUCCUUAGCUGGUUAAAUUGAUCCCCCCAAACAAUUUCAUGAUAAAAUGUUUAAAUUUAAUUGGAUAACAACAUUAAAUGGUUAACUUUUUGGUGAUAUUUUCUUUACAGUCAAGGAUCCAUUGUCGUCGAUGCGGAGCUGGUAUUUAAUGAUGCCAGCUCACUUCCAAGUACCAGUUCUGUGGCUGACACUUUGGUGUCUGCUGCUUCCAGCUCUACUUUUUCCCUCAGUGUCGACACAUCAUCCAUUGUUGUCUCAAGUAAGAUUUCAGUAAAAUUCUAGCCAUGGAGUCAGUCGUUUCAAGCAAUUCUUUUCAAUUGUUGUUUAAACAAUAUUUGUUUUCAAAAGAUAUUUUCACAAUAAUGUAACUUGAGAUAAUGUCUCGUUUUUACAGCUGUGUCAACACCAACACAAGCCUCUUCUCAAACGACAUUUUCAACAACAUUUACAUCAUCACAGAGCAGUUCAACUUUGGCAGCCAUUGCUACAACUUCACCAUCAAUUGAAACAACUUCAGGGCAACCACAACCUGCGACGUCAACUUCUGAUCUGACAACUUUACACAUCUUAACAUCUUCUUCAACUCCAGUUAUCACAUCAACUCUUCCAACCACCUCCCUGUCAGGCACAACUUCAGCAGCACCAUCAGUUGCAGCAUCUACUGCCUUAGAAACAACCACAACAAUUGCCUCGCAGCUUGAGCCAAAAAUAUCUUUGGUAUUCAAAGUGCAGCAGAAUUUUACCUCAGAGCUUACAAAUACAUCCUCACCAGAGUACAAGGCAUUGGAAAGCCAAGUAUCAACAGCGGUAAGCCUUUACAUUCUUCAUUGAUUAAUAUGUAACUUAAUAAACUGUCAUCACAUACUACAGUUAUGCAACAAUCAUUUGAUAUACUAACAAAUAUAUUGCAUAACUAAACUUUUUAAAUUUUAUUUUUUUAGAGCAUCUCUAACAAUGACCUAGAAAUGAGACAUGGGCUUGGAGCUAGUCAGGUGCCAACCUUGAAUAAUGCAGCUCAUAGCAAAGUUGUUGUACAGCGAAGACAGUUGUAGUCAUGGAUACACCUGGUAUCAUGAGUGUAAAAACUCCUCAAAAUAACUAAUUAUUAAAAUGCUGAUUCUUCAGUAACAGAUGAAAGACCCUGCGAAAUGAAAAAGCUUGCAAAAUGUCUCACAAGUUGACUUAGUUUCUUAUUUAUUUUGACACAAGUUGCUCUCAUUUUCUGUACACGCAUCUUUCAAGAAAACACAAAAACAAAUCCAGGCUUUUUUAUGAUACUCAUUAUUCUUACGACACACAUUUCUUUUCAUAAAUUGUAGAAAUGUAUUUUCUCUGACUUUUUACCUUAAAUAAAUUUACUUUCACAGCUUGACCAAGUUUAUUCGGCUCAAUAUGGAUCUAGCUUCAACAAGACGGUGAUCAACGGUUUCAGGUACAUGAUGAUGAUACUUAUAUAAUUUUUGCAGCCUCAAGUUCUUCCUGUUUAAAUCUCUCAAAAUGUACCUAUUUAGUCCUUUUUUUUUGGGGGGGGGGGGGCAACUUAAAAAAAAGGCAUAUAGUCAAACAUGCAGGGUUCAAUCAGUGUAAAGAUAGACCAAAUGGACCUCUGAAUUUUGAAAUUGGCAUGGUCCCUUACUGCAUGUCUUUCCUCAUCCUUUUUUGUCCUCUUUUCCCCCUAUUUGGAAUCAGUUCCAUCUGUGAUUCCAUAGCUGGUUAAAUUGAUCCCCCCAAACACUUUAACAUAUAUUUAAUUAUAUUUUCAUUACAGUCAAGGAUCCAUUGUAGUCGAUGCGGAGCUGGUAUUCAAUGAUGCCAGCUCACUUCCAAGUACCAGCUCUGUGGCUGACACUUUGGUGGCUGCUGCUUCCAGCUCUAAUUUCUCCCUCAGUGUCGACACAUCAUCCAUUGAAGCAACAUGUAAGACUUUUACUUUUUAAUGCUAGAUGUUAAAUCACUUUUUGUAAAAAAAAAUUAAAAAAAGUCUCAUAAAUGAAAUGUAUUUAAAACAACAUACAUUUUUAAGAUUACAAGACUUUGUUUAACAUUAAUCUCCUUGACUAAAGUCAAGUCAUUUCCAAAAUCUAAAUAAAUGACAAAUGCAUCAGAGCAACUUUUACCUCCAGUGAACAUCAUCCUACCAAUGAUACAUCAUCACAGCCAAUAAAACUACUUCUCCGAUAGUCACUCAAACUUUCAUCAGUGAUAGCACUAUUCUCUAGUAACAAACUUCAACUCCGAUUUCUUCAGGUCAAACACUACUAAAUACAAGUUUGAAACCAGCCUGCAUGACUUCAUCAUUACCUGUGACAAUUCUUCCAUCUUUUCAACCAAGUCCAUCAUCUGCAAGAUUAUGCAUAUCACCCAUCAAAACAAGUUCAUAAACAGCAGCAACUUCAGCAACAGUCCUCAAGACAAUACCAUCAACCAAUGAAUCUCUAGACCAAUUGAUGACAUGAAAUCCAGUGAAUAACUCAUCCACUCUAGGUCAGGCCUCUUUACCCCUUGCAACUUUACCAACAGGUGUCAUGACUGAAAAAUCAAUAGGAACAACUUUUCCAUCACCAAGACAACCCUAUCAACAGCAACUACAAUUCUAUCCCCAUCACUGCAAUUCAGGCAUCAUACAACGGAAGACUGCUAACAGCUGGUUCAAAAUCAUCUGCACUCACUAUAAUUUUCCAAGUGUGGAUUCAAGUCAAGCACCAGCAACAUCAAAUAUGUUCCCUAUCAGCACAAGUACUCUAACCAUAGCAAAAAGCCCAAACCUUGCAGUACAACUUCUGCACCAUUUUUCAAGACAUUUUUGAAAGUCUUUAAAGCUUUCGCACAACCAAUGGCAUCACUUUUUGUCAGUACCAUAUCAACUCCAGAUCAUACUUCAUCGCUUGCAUCUUUGUCAACUGUGUACAACAGCACAAGUAUUAUCUUUAGUGUCGAUAGAGACAUCUUUAGUCUUUCCAGAAACUCAACCUUCAUCUUCCAUCUCUGCAAGUCAAGCAUCACAAAACUCAUGCCGACUCAUCAGUAUGACUUCAUUAUCAUUCAUUAAAAAUGAUACACCUCUUAAUUCAAUUCCUGCAUCAACAGCAUCGAGUGGGACAUCCAUCAAAAGGCAAUGCAAUGUCAGCCUCAAUUGUGAACCCCUUGUUAUUUAUCAAUGCAUAUUUUUUGAUGUCAAAGACACCACUGUCAAUGAUUUACCCAUCCAUCCCAGAUCCAAUACUGUUUCCACUUUCUUCUAAUCAAAACAGCUGUAAAACCAUUAAAGCCAUCUCUAACAUCAGUGACCUAACCUGGUGAUGCAGCUAUAUUACUGGAGACCAACACUUUGCCUGCAGGCACUCAAAUUUUACCUCUCAUCUCUGCAAGUCAGACACUACUGAAAACAAGCCUGGAUCCUGUAAGUUUGACUUCAUCAUAAUCAAAGCUUCCAGCUUGAGCAACAUCCAAAUGCUACUUAUCAGUGCACAUCUAUAAACAGUCAUAAAACGCAGUACAACUACAGCAUAUGUCAAAGAGACAAACUUCACCAGGAGUUCUGACAUCAUGGCUGGUCAACUAUACAAUAACUCCUGAGCAAACCUCUUCAUCGCUUGUAGUGUUUUCCCUUGUUAGCACAGGUGUAAUACAAAUACAAAUACUAACACUAGCCAGCCCAACAUUUGAAUCCACAAAGACCCCUUUGCAACUAGUCAGGAGUCAGGACAACUUAAGAAAAAAGAAUAUUUUUUCAGCAUUAAACCCAGCUCCACCUUAUCACCAUUUAUUUCCCCAGAUGUUUCUUCCACUGUCACAAUCAGUGGAACAUCAGAGGCACCAUCAGUUGCAACAUCCACUGCCUUAGAAACAACCGCAUCCCCAGCCUCAGAGCCCAAAAUCUUGUUGGAAUUCAAAUUGUUGGAGAAUUUCACCGCAGAGCUUACAAAUAAAUCCUCACCAGAGUUCAAGACAUUGGAAAACCAAGUGUCAACAGUGGUAAGUUUGCUUUCAUAUAUAUAUAUAUGUAUAUGUAUAUGUAUAUAUAUAUAUACCUUCAUUUAAACUGCUUCCCACAUAGACAGUACCUGGGAGAUCAAGUUACAUAGAUAUUUGCACACACAUAGAUUUAAAUUCAAUCUAGAUAAUGGUUGACAACAAAGAGAAAACACACACACACACAGGCUCUUUUAAAAUUAACCAAAGUAUGACAUGCUUUUCUUUUAAUCUUUUGAUAACUUUACAGCUUAACCAAGUUUAUUCUGGUGCAUUUGGAGACCGCUUCAACCGAACUGUGAUCACUGGAUUCAGGUACAAGAUAAUGUCUCUUAAUCUUUUAAUUUUAAUAAUGCUAAAUUAAUAACAAUUUUCUGUGAUGAUCAAUUGAGUCAAAACACAACCCUAGACAAACAAGUCUUCAAUAUGUCAUCCUAACAGCCAAGGAUCCAUUGUAGUCAACGCUGAGCUGAUUUUUAGAGAUGUCAGCUCUUUACCAAGUGCCAGUUCUGUGGCUGACACUUUGGUGUCUGCUGCAUCCAGCUCUAAUUUCUCCCUUAGUGUCAACACAUCAUCCAUUGUCGCAACAGGUACAAAUCAACGUAAUUGCUAGACAUAAAAUCUCUUUGUUUUAGUUUGUAUUUGGAUCUUACACAAUCUGUUUAAAAUCAAUAAUAAUAUUAAUAAUAAUAAUGAUGAUAACGAUGAUGGCUUAUGAAUUAACAAAAUGUCAAUUUUACAGCUCUGUUGGCACCAACACAAACCUCUGCUACAACUUCCAUUACCCCACUGAUAAAGUCCACGUCAGCUGUCAAAGGGACCACUACUGCUUCAUCUCUGACCCUGUCAAGUCAACUACCAACAACAUCUUCCUUGUCAAUUCCCACCACAAGUUUGAAGCCACUCACAAGUUCCUCAGGGGAACAAGAUCAAACUACUAUGACUACUUCAAUCACAGAGACCACAACUACAGCUUCAACUAAUCCUCCUUCAUCAAGUGAGGGAACACUUGGUCUUCAGUUUAGUCUCAACCAAACAUUUACAUCGGAUCUCUUAAACUCUUCAUCUACAGCAUUUAAGACUCUGUCCAUGACAGUGGUUUCUCAGGUAUAAACAUUUCCUUAUAUUAUUGUCUGUCAGCACCUUUUGACAAAGGUCCCAGGAUGUGAUAUUUCAGAAUAUUCAUUCACCUUUCAAAAAUGUUUGUGGCCUACAGUGGAUAUAAGAAGUCUACACACCCCCUGUUCAAAUGCCAGGUUUUCGUGAUGUAAGAAAAUGACGGCAAGAUAAAUAAUUUCACAAUUUUUUCCACCUUUAAUAUGACCUAUAACCUGUACAAUGCAAUUGAAAAACAAACUGAAACAUUAAACGGGAAAAAUAGAAAAUAAAACUAAAAUAACCUGGUUGCAUAAAUAUGCACACCUUUAAACUAAUACUUUGUUGCAGCACCUUUGGCUUUUAUUACAGCACUCAGUCGUUCGGGGUAGGAGCCUAUCAGCGUGGCACAUCCUGAUGUGGCAAUAUUUGCCCACUUUUCUUUGCAAAACCGCUCCAAAUCUGACAGAUUGCGAGGGCAUCUCCUAUGCACAGCCCUCUUCAGAUCACCCCACAAUUGUUCGAUGGGAUUCAGGUCUGGGCUCUGGCUGGACCAUUCCAGCGUCUCAAUCUUAUUCAGGUGAAGCCAUUCUUUUGUUGAUUUAGAUGUGUGCUUUGGGUCAUCUUCGAGCUGAAAGAUGAAGUUCCUCUUUAUCUUCAGCUUUCUAGCAGAAGGCCCAAGGUUUUGUGCCAGCACUGACUGGUAUUUGGAACUGUUCAUAAUCACUCCACCCUGACUAAGGCACCAGUUCCAGCUGAAGAAAAACAGCCCCAAAGCAUGAUGCUGCCACGACCAUGCUUCACUGUGGGUAUGGUGCUCUUUUGGUGAUGAGCAGUGUUGGUUUUGCGCCAAAUAUACAGUACCUUUUGCAAUUAUGUCCAAAAAGUUAAACUUUGAUUUCAUCAGACCAUAACACAUUUUCCCACAUGUGUUGGGGAGAUUUCAGAUGUCUUUUUGCAAAAUUAAGCCGGGCUUUGUUGUUUUUCUUUGUAUGAUAAGGCUUCGGUCUUGCCACCCUACCCCAUAGCCCAGACAUAUAAAGACAGUGGGAGAUUGUUGUCACAUGUACUACACAGCCAGUACUUGCCAGAAAUUCCUGCAGCUCCUUCAUUGUAGCUGUCGACCUCUUGGCAGCCUCCCUGACCAGUUUUCUUCUUGUCUUCUCAUCAAUUUUGGACGGAUGUCCUGUUCUUGGUAAUGUCACUGUUGAGCCAUAUUUUCUCCACUUAAUAAUGAUGGUCUUCACUGUGUUCCAUGGUAUAUUUGAUUCCUUGGUAAUUCUUUUGUAGCAUUCACCUGACUGAUACCUUUGAAUAAUGAGAUCCCUCUGAUGCUUUGGAAGCUCUCUGCAGACCAUGGCUUGUGCUGGAAGAUGUGGCCACAAAAAUAUCAGGAAAAGCUACUAGAACAGUAGAACUUUAUUUGGAGUUGAUCAGACGCACUGUAAUUGGUGGCUGACUCCAAUUUAACACGAGUUUAAAUGUAAUUGGUUAAAUAUGAAUGCAGCCACAUCCCCAGUUUUAAAAAGGUGUGCACACUUUUGCAACCACAUGAUCUAAGUUUAUUUUUAUUUCACCUCCCUGAAAGAUUUUGUUUUGUUUUUCAAUUGUGUUGUACAGGUUAUAGGUCAAAUUAAAGGUGGAAGAAGUUGUGAAAUUAUUUAUCUUGAUUUAAUUUUUUUACAUGACAAAAACUUGGCAGUUGAACAGGGAUGUGUAGACUUUUUAUAUCCACUGUAUCUAUCUGUCUGUCUGUCUGUCUGUCUGUAAACAGCAAUUAAUCCAGAAAUAUCCACUGAAAUAGGCCUUUACAGCAUUCAUUCAUAAAUCUAAGAAUUAAAGCCUUAAUUGUUAACUCUCUGUUUGUGUCAAUUUUGGGGGGCCCCUGUAUGCAAAUCUUAUAAAAAUGAAAAAAAUUCCCCAAAUUUAUUUUUGUCAUUUAUGGUCUUGUUUUUGUAAAACAUAAAGAGUAGUGUUUCCCACAAAUAGAAGCUACUAGGGUGGGCUGUUUAAGCACAUUUAUGCCCGCCCAAGGAUCAUUUCUGACUACCUAUCCAUCAUCCAUGUGCAUUUACUCUGUACCCCUUGGAUACUUUUCUGAGUAGUGUCUCUAUUCUCCAUUUUGACAUUUUUGUUACUCUGAAGAAGUAUCAUUGUUCAUUUUGUUGUUUCUUUUUAGGUCAAUCAAGUUUGUCAGAGUGUCUUUUCAUCAAGUUUCAGUCGUUCAAUUGUUGAUAUGUUCAGGUAAGAAAAUAAUUUCUUAAAACUCCACAUUUGCUUUGAUGCUCUUAUUGAGAAGACUUUUUUUUCUUCACAAUUUGCAGGAGAGGAUCGGUGGUUGUUGACAUGACUCUCGUCUUUAAAGAUAAAUCAUCAGUUCCUUCAACAAGCAGUGCAACUGCCCAACUCAGCAGUGGACUUACCAGCAACUCAACGACUCUUAACAUUAUAUCAGGCAGUGUUGUUGCAUGUAAGUUCAGAGUCACUCAUUUUGAUCUGAUAAGAAGAUAGAGCUAUCUUUUGUAAUGUUUAUAAAUUUGUUGAAAUAAAUUACGCUACCUCUUAUGUGGCACUGGCAGAUAUUGCACACAAUGAACAGGAACAAAAAGUGUUCCUGUUCAUUAGCAGUCCAUUAGCAAAACUUAGCUUAUAAUUAGACUAAAGAACAAGGAACAGUUUUGAGUUCUGUUUAUUCUUAUUUGAGUGGACAGUGUGGGGACCUACAUUACCACAUUUUACAUUGUUUAUAAAUUUAUAAAAUACAGCAAUAUAAAGAUUUGUGUUGAUCAACAAUUGGCCAUGUUGUUUCGUAUGCAGGGGUUAAAAAAAUGAAAGAACGAAGGAAUCUAUCCUAAACUUUGAGUGUUUUGUGUGAUAAUAACAGUGCAUGUUUUGCCCAUGAUAGAUGACUGGUAGAUUUCAGAAACUACUCAAACAGUGCCACUGUGGAGUACUUUAAAUAUUUAUAUUUAUAUUCCUAUUUUGUUAAUAUAGUGAUUGAUUCAACUUUAUGUGUAUGUCACAAUUGAAGUGAAUAUAACCUAGACCAUUUCACUUACCAAUCCAGUGAUCUUCCUUACAUUACAGAUACAUCAACCUCAAGAAGUCCUCCUCGCCCUACAGUGGCCUUCCUGGCAGUCUUGUCCCUUUCUCUGGCAGCUGUGACACAAAUGUUAACAGGUUUCUAGCUCUAUCCCAGGACUGGCACUUAAUGGAUGAUGGCUUUUGUAGUGGUAUUAAGUGUUCCUACAUUAAUCUAUAUACAUAGUUUAUGAGGAACAUAUACAGUGCAGUGAAGAUGCUGAUACAAAUUUACAUCAUAUAUUUUAUUUCACAGAACAUCCAGAUUUUUCAAUUUUUGGUAUAUGAUCAUCUUACAGUUGGUGCUUAUUGAUAGAACCUGAAAUAAGAGAAGCCCCAACCUUUGUUUAUGCUAAUCCUGACAACAGUCAUAUUGAGAGGUCCUGGUACUAAGUUGUGUUUUUUGUAAUGCAUUAUGAGAGAUGGCCCACAAGUUAAUUAAGAACACCUUCUUGACACAAGAAGCUUAGACAUAAAACCAAUAUCAGAUAUCAAAUCAAGACAACUCCAUUUUGAACAGAAAAGAAAUGCUCCUCAAUACUUCAAAACACUACUACAUCAAGAAAAACUCUUACUUUCAAAGAUCACACUGUCAAUGUAGGCAGAUGGCAUCUUACAGACUUCAAUGUAUCAAUGAAUGUAAUGUCGGAGACAAAAUGUAAUGUGACACACAGCUGUGAGCCUUUAAACAAAUACUAAAAGAUAUUGUUUCCCUCACUAAGUUUUAAAAAUGACUUUUAUUUUUACUAUUUACCUUUAAAGCACUUUCUGGUUUUACUCCUGUCAUAACACAAUUGAAUUGCUGCUGUGGUGCAAGACAGUGCUGAGGUACAUAUAAUCAAGCAGAUUUUCAAGACUAAAGGAGACAGCACAUUUGCAGUAAAGACCCUUUACUCCUGAACUUCUUGUUACAGAAUCAGAUAAAUCUUUAGGACAUGCCUUAUAUGUUUCAUCAUUUUUAUUUUUAUUUUUCCUUUUUUUUUUUUUUAUUCUUUCAUGUUAAUUUUUGGGUUCUAAUUUCUACUCUGUUAUGUUUUCAGUCUAGCAAUUUUGUUUACAACUUUGAAGUCCUUGAAUGUCUAAUCCCAGUUAAGCCAUGUUAAAACUUUGUAUAACUUGUAUAUUUACGACUGUUGUCUACACGAAGGUCAUCAUGAUAUCAAUAUUUUUUGUUAAGUAUGAAAUAUGUAUAGUGUAAUAUUAAUAAACAGCUGUAAGUUGCUGAUGCAUCAUGUUACAAAAUAAAACAGUAUAAUCCCAUUUUUUGGUUUAUUUUUCUGGUGUAAUAUGUAUGAAAAUAAGGUUUUCUCCUGAAAUAGUUUAUAAAUUAUUUUUGAAUUAAUUUGGGACAUUUGAUUCAGAGAACCCAAAUCUAUGCUGAUUCAAAUUCCCUUAGUUUAUACUUUUCAUCAACCUACCUAAAUGAAUUUAUGGUAAAACAUGAAUGAAUGUAUAAAUGAAUACAUACAUACAUAUAUAUGUAUGUGAGUGUGUGUAUAUAUAUAUAUAUUACACAAUAUGUGCACACAGGUGAAAGGACCCCUUAAACCAAUGUUACAUUUUUCUAUAGCUGACAAUUGAAGAUUCCUCAGCAAACAAUUGUUGGGACUGAUAUACUUAGCACUGCUUUUGUUAAAAAAAAUAUCCACUUCUGUAACAGAAACAUCAAGAACAGGCAGACUUGACAUUAAAGGAUUUGCUGUGCAUCACUAGGAUUGCAAUGUGGGCACUGAUGUGGACAAUUUUAAAGUAGAUGCUUUUAUCAAAAGCGACGUACAUUGUAGAACAUGAACAACACAAGCAAAGAUCUAGACAAGAGGAAACAAGAUGCCACCAAGUGCUUCAAGAUGCAGGAACUGCCAAGCAGUGUUAAAGAAAUGCACAAAGUGAAUAAAGGAUUAGGUAAAGGAUAUCCAAUUAGAUAUGUUGGACAAUUAGGUACAAAGAAAGGUUUUGGUUUAAGUAAAAGAAGCCUGUCUGUAACCAAGACAAUAGCAGCAGACAAUAAGAAGUGUCUGUGACAGAAAGAAAAUGGCCCAGUUUAAGGGGAGUGGAAAAAGGUAAGCAGGGAGGGUCAGAUGAAUGCAAGGAUGACUGGAAUUGGGAAGGGUGUGUACAGUAGACGUUGAAAGGAAGCAUGAGUGUGGGAACCUCUGGUGGAGAGCUGGAGAAUGGCAGACAGAACAUAUGUGGUCUGGAAGGAGGAGGCUGUGCUUGAAGAUAGGAACUGAGAUUCAUGUGUAGACCACAGAAAAGAAAGUGUUAAAGAAAUAGAUGGCACAGUAGAACUGAUUUUGUUGAAUGGAAUCUACUUGUAAUACAGAUAACCUGUAUAAACACAUAACAAAUAUGUGCUCACAGUGUGCAGAAUCUAAGUCUGUAGCUAAAUAACAAUGAGAACUUCAUUUUUUGGCAUUGCUGCAGAGCUUGCAAAUCAAAAUAAAACCUUAAGUCUUGACCACUCUUGCAGUAAGAACCUAAAUCUAUGGAAAGAAUGCUAAAGCUCUUCAGAUAACACAAACUUGUUUCUGCAAAAUGUUGGCAAACCUGAUCUAGUGUUCAGGUGGCUUAAAUUCCUAUACUUCUCGAGUGGGAGUCUGAAGGGUGUGUCAUACAGACAGGGGAGAAGAAGUGAUAAAAUGGUGGAACCAAGGUUUUCCCCAGCAGUUUUUUUUUUCAAUGUAUUCAGUCAAAUAGGCAAUAAAAUGCAACACUUGGUACAAUCUUUGCAAGUGUUGUUUCUAUGAUCUGGCAGUCUUUGCAAUGUGAUACUGCAGUCUUUUUCGUGAUUUGACCAUGAAAAUAAAGUCUAUCAAUGUUGUCAAUUAUUUUGUAUUUGAUGUGCUCAGAUGAUUUGUUUGUUGGCUGCAUCUUUUCCUAUUUGAUCCAGGCAAACCAGCAAAGUCGUCUUUAAUGUUUGUUUUCUACCAAUAUGUAAAAAUAUUUCCACUGCUUCCCUUCAUAACAGUAACCUGUGUUCUCUCACUGUGUUUUCCCUUUGUGAUUUUGAAAUGCCUCUGGGUAUGAAGUGUGUCAGACAAAUGUCAUGACAGUUUCAUGUGAAGUUCAGCCAGUAUCCCCUUUGUCUAUCUGUGUAACUACUGCUCUCUCUCUUUCUCUCAAUCUUUUUGAUCUUGCAUAUCUAUUUCUCCAUCUAUUGCUGUCUUUCUUCAUUUAUCAUAAUCUUUGCACUCUCCAUCAAUCAUGCCCAGUGUGUUUAUAAGCACUCUUUCCCAGUAGCAACGCACAUAUUGUGGACUCAUUAAACUGUGUGGCGUUGGUCUUUCCUCUGUGUCCUACAGUGUUGAGUAGUCAGAGCUCUGAAAGCUUCACAGGUAGAACAUUCAACACAAAUGGAGCGUUGCAGUACAUCAUGGUGGAGAUUAUUUUCAUGUUGUUGAUUUCUGGUAAUUUUUGUCUAAUAUUGUGGGUGUUUUUUGUGAUUGCUUUGUUUUAGGCUGAGAGAAGAUCAGCCUUACUUAUGAUGUUGAUAGUGCUUUUUUUAAAAGUUUUGUCAGAAUAAUUGAUUAUCAUGCUUUUUACAAGAAAUUCACAGUCUAAUGUUUUGGCAAUUCAUGAUUUAUUUAAGAUUUGCCUAGAUGAGCAUACGAGCGCAUAGGGCAAAAGGUUUGGGUCUGGCUUCAGCAACCUCACUUGCAGUUACAAAAGCCUAAACUGAGUAUUUCUUUACUAACUUCCAACGAUGACCGAGGCUGUUCUAGAGAACUAAACAGUCUUUAUCUGGUAAUAAUGACAGUAUUGAGCUGCCUCCUUUUAUUGCCCACCACUCUCAAAUCAUCACUGACCUUAAUGCCUGACUUACUGAAGGAGCACGUCAUUGCCACUGGGUCAUCUUAACUCUUAACUGCAUGAUACUGCAGUAUCAUUUCUUAACACUGUCUUUUUUACACCAUAAAGAUCAUAUUAUAGUCACCUAUUUGAUCAUUAUUCAUCCAUUCCUGGUAUAGUGAUAUAAUUAGACUUUUUAUGAAGCAUUUGUCAAUAAUUAUAUGUACAUCACUACUAAACUUAUUCUUUUAUCAUUGUUAUCAAACCUGAAAAGAAAAAGGGUUUUGUUGAUACCAACAAUUAUAGUCUAAUCUGUCAAACUAAUUCAAUGGUUUUAUAAAAAAGGACCUCAAGGGUUGUGUUUGUGGUGCCAGUGUAAUUCAACCUGAUUACUUCUAGCAAAAUAAAGAAAAGUUUUGAACCCAGCAAGCAUUCACAAGAUUCAAGAAUCAAAAAGUAGUACCAAUGUCCCCUAAAGGCUAUAAACACUGUGAAAUAAAAACUGUCACUUAAACAGAACUUGUAUUGAUUAAUGUCAUGACGUUACAUUUUUAUACUCACAGGUCCUUUGCACAAGCUUAUGUUUGGUAUGAACUCUUUAUGAGUGAUCUGGAACAUACUGGGUCUGUACAGAAAGCAAAAAGAGACUUCAAUCAUACCUGGUGAUACAAGGAAACACAAGACUUACAUUUAAACAAUCUUACUCACUCUUACAACCCCUUGAGCGAGAAAUGGGGGUGGGGGGGUGGGGUGGAGGUGGGAGGAGAGGGUGUUGUUCUGCCGGUUAAGCAUGUGGUGUCUCUUCCUGUCAUUCCUGUCAUUUUUCUGUACCACUUGACAGCCCCCACCCAUCUCUCCUGAUUUGGUCACCUUCUUAUUUCAGUGCACUGUAUUCAAACAGGAACUUCUGAGGAAAGUUCUACAACAACCAGAAACUUUUUAUCUACUGAUAAGUAAAUUUACAGACUGUCUGAAUCCCUCAACAACAAAACUAAUCUCUACUGACUUGAGUACAAAUUUUAGUCAAAUAGUAUAUAUCUGUCGUCAAAUGACUCAGUUAGAUAGAGGUUGCCAUCUUCGUUUAGGUCUGUUGACCAGUCAGAAGCUGUUUAUGCUAUCAGUUGACCUGUAAGGGUCUAGUUAGAGGCCAGUGAAGCCUGAAACAUACACCACAGUCUGCUCACAGCAAAGAAAUUACAAAAGAUAGAGCUGUUAUAAAUGGAUUUAUACUAGAAAGUUAAGCUUACUCCAUAUUUAUAUAUUUAUUUCUUUAACUGUGAUCAUUUUAAUUUAAACCAUUGUUUCUGCAAAGGGUGUCUAAGGGAUCAAGCGACCUUGUUUUAUUAUUUUCAAUUUAAGUUCCUUUUUGAAUAAAACAAGAUUCAGUCUUCAAAACCUCUGACCCUAAAAUUGUGUCUUUGAAGGGGGUUGUCUUAUAUUACGGCCGAUAUACAGUAGUAACUUACUGGUGGAGUUUAUGUUUGUGUCAUUUGGUAAUUGCAGAUUGAAGUUUUUGACACUGCAUUUUUAUCAUUUUCAUUGAAGUGUCUGCCUGGCGAAUUUGUUCAGUGCUAGGUUCCUUUAGAUGCUUAGUUUUUAGCAUCUUACACUAACACAAAAAGUAGAGAUAUUCUAGAGGUAUAGUUAUUGAGGGUAGUUUAGCUUUAAUUAUUGUUUCUGUAGUUUAGUCUGUACUCUGUAAUCAUUAUCAUUCUCGCAUGUUGGCAGAUCAAAACUGAACAAUGAUAAAAGCUAAGAGAACAGAACGGAUGAUUGCUGUGUAAAAUUGGACCAGCAGCUCUUAAGACAGGUUUAGCAAGCUCAAUUAUACCAACAUAUUAUCCAACACAGUUUCAGCUUGGUACAGUGGUCAAUGAUAUCUUAUCUAAAUCUUCUCUAAGUCUUGACAGAUAAAGAUAAAGAUUUGGUUUUAAACUCCACCCUGCUUUAGAUAGUUAAAAAAUGUGAUAUGCCUGCAGUGCACACCUCCCCAACAUGACGCUGAGGGUAACUUCGCAGAAACUGUAUCAGCAGUAAAAACACUUAUUACUCCCAUGACGUCAAAGGAAAAGCUUUUUAUAACAUCUUUCCAAGACUGUUGUCAGAGUAAAAGCCAUUCACACCUUUGUGGCUGACGCAGGUCUUUCAAAGACAAGGUGUAUUCUUAGCAAAGACUUGUGUAAUAUCAUGUUGUGCUGUCAUGUUGGGAGAUACAUGUUGCAAAAUAGACUAAUAAUUGAGGUGCCCAUAUAGCCACAAAUACACAAAAUACUUUAGAGAUUAGAAGUAGAUUAUCUUGGCGAUUUUUUGUAGAUCAAAACUUUUUAAGACUAUGUUGUUGUGUACACUCAUCUCCAACCAAAGUCUGAAUUAAGAAAAUAAAAUAAAAAUAAAAUAAUUUGCCUUCUACGUCUGACAUUUGCACUUUAUUGGGACUUUAGUGAUUUGGGUUUUACAUGUUAUGUAGAAACUACAUUAAAGCUAUUGUUUCUAGAAGCUGUCUCAUAAACUGGCAGGUGUCCUACACAGGACAGAGCACAAAUGACUCAUUAUAGAAGCUGCAAAGUUUUUCAUAAUCAGGAUGCAAGCAUUUAUAUUUGAAAUCUAUGUAACUACCUGCCUACUUCUUGAAAUAGCAAGACUGCUCGGUCUUUUUUUCGAGAAUGUUUUCCUCUAUACACAUAAAUACAGAACACUGUAUUUUAUUGCCAAAUAGGUUGUGCAUGGGUUUAUAAAACAGAAUUUGUAUUUUGAUUUUUUGUAUCCAAAAAGAUUUUUCAUUGGUAAACGUUGCAAAACAGAGCAGAGGAAGUGGCAGUUGAAUACCUGAACUGGAGGCUUAACCUGUUGGUUAAGCCUUAUAAAAACUGAACGAUUGUUGCUCUCAGUCUGGCUGAGAAAAGGCAGAAAAAAUAAAUAAAUAAAACUGCUUUUUAAAAUAAAGAGGGAAAAAUUCAGUUUGUGUUAUGACUUACAUGACUUAAAAUAUACUUCCCACAAGAUUUCUGUAAAGGGGCAAUCCUGAAGUGCAGUAGAUGCAAUCACGGACUGUAAAGUGAUUUUUAAUGACUGCUCAUCAUGUGUAAUUAUAACACAGAUUGGUCAAAAUAUAAUGUCCUCCUCAUACAGUCUUGAUGCUGUUGCAGAUGAACCAAUUUUUGCAGCACUGGACACGACAAGUAUUACAGUAAUGACAAGGCUGAGUUUUGGCACCAGAGGCUUUGACUUAAUUGUGACACCUCAUGCAUGUUAGAAAUAGCAAGGAUGCUUUCAUUGCUCACAAUGUGUUCAUCUCUCAACGCCCAUUGUGCCUUGAGCUCUGCUCCAUCCUUUCUGCAUAGGAAUGAUGCAGAGCAAAACAAGUCCUUCAAGUUAUGUCAUAUGUUAAAAAAAAACAAGCAUUUCUAGUCCCUCUCAAAAACCUCACUCGCUGACAAAUUCUCACUUCCAUUUUUUGAAGCAGGUGAAGUGUCUAGAGCAUCCUAAGUGACAGAUCUUGGAUCAAUUGCUGUGAAUAUAACAAGGCUACAACAAAGUUGGAUCUAGGAUACCACUGGGGUAAGAGAAAAAAUAUAGAUUUAAAUUUAAUUUUGUAAAACUGACCAUUUGUAAGGUUUACCAUGAGAAUAUAUAACUGUGCAUUACAAGAUUUUACUCAGGUCCAGGGAUUUGAAAAUGAUUUUUCAGUAAGCCACAGUUUUUGCAUAUUCUUUCUCUGCAUAGUACCCAUAUGCAGACACUCUACUUUUGAAUGGAUAAAUUUGCCAAUAUUUAUAAUUGGGUAUCAAAUUUUUGGACUUUAAAUGCAAAACUUCAACUUAAGACUCAGUCUGUGAUUGGAUUCUGUUCAGUUUUUUCCUUCUUUUUGCUUUGCUUUAAUAUGUGUAUCCAUUUCACGCUAAUUUGUUUACUCUCACUUUCUCUAGCACAAAAACAGUAUUCACUCUCGCACACAUUUGACUUCCAUUGUGCCGUUGUACCAAACAUGUCAAAUAACAAAAAAAAAGUCCUUUACAACAAAUCAUAAGUAAAAGCGGUGCAUUAUUCUCUGAUGGAUGGAACUAUUAAGCACACAUUUCAUUGUUAACACUGAUGGAUGGCAGGACUUUGCUUGUCAGGGUGUGGCUGCACCGUUAACAUCUCAAUGCCCUGCUUGCAGGCUUUAAUUAACAAAAAGGAGCAGCAUUUUUGCUCUAGAGGUACUACUUUGUCUAAAAAUUGAUUUUUACAAAUGAAACAAGUUACUUAAUGCAAAAAACUUAAGCAUAUCACAGUUGCAUUACUACAAAUGAAAGUAUAAUACAUUCAUGGAUUAGUAGAUCAGUUCUGCAUCAGGAGUCUGAAGGAUUAAUCUUUUUGUCUGUAAAAGUAUAAUUUUGCCCUUGUUUGUUUGUGAUUACAUAUGAAUAACCUGACCAGGCACAUUCACAGUACACAUGAACUGUGAUACCUGAUCAUGGUUUUAGUACCACUCUAAGAUACAGUUUAGAAGGGUGUAACAAAUCGGAUCUUUCUUAUGCCAGUAAAGGUCUGUUAAGCCGAGCUUUCAACCUUUAUCUUUAUUAUAGGAAUAUUUGUGCAGUUUGAGUAUUUCCUUUUGACUUUUAAACAGUCUAUUCAUGUGAAUUACAGAGAAAAAAAAGACUACUAACGUGAUAAAUUGGUCAGUCAUUAUCACAAUCCCUUGUAGAUUUGGCAGUGUUUGCACAAGGUUUUUGCCCCAACCCACUUAAUCUCGGGCCCCCCUCUCUUUCAUCAACCUUCUUGGGUUUUCUGUAAUGCAACAUGUCUAAAUAAAAGGUCACAACUGUUCAGCAAUAGAAAAGUCUAAAUCAACAACAUUGUGGUUCCACAAAAUGCAUAGAAACUGAGCCUUGUAGGAAUGAAAUCCUUAGUAGUUGUCCAGGCAUAGGAAAUGACUGUGUGGAAAAUCCUGAAAAAAAAACCCUGAAGCCAUGACUCUACCUAAUCAGACAACAGUAUGUUACCCGUACUUGCCUGUCCAGAAUGUUUGCAUACUUUAUUUAGUCCGUGUCACACUCACCCAAGAUUGUUCACUCUAUUUCAAGUAUCUGCUAGAUUUCAAGGAUGAGUCUAUCAGUGAACCACUGCCACACAGUGGACAAGGAUGGUAAACCUGGGCAAUAAGACUCAGAAAGCCAAAAGCCCUCUUUCUGUUAUCAUUUGACUAACUAGCUUUAUAUAAAUAAAUAAAUAUGCACAUAUGCACACACACACACACACACACACACACACACACACACACACACAUAAAUAUAUAUAUAUUUAUGUAUAAGUGUGUGUGUGUGUGUGUGUGUGUGUGUGUGUGUGUGUGUGUGUGUAUGACCACUUUACUGAGACUUGUAUUUUGUUUUACACAGGGGUAUUUCUAAGUUUCAGUGCCCAAAUUAAUUCAUUAAAAUUGCAAGCACAACAUGUGUUUACAAAGUGGUAACAAGGUGCUGAUAUUUCACAGGACACAGACACAGGGAGGAUGGAUCCCCCCAUUUUUCUUCUGCUGUUAGCAGGUAUUGUGAAAGCAUUCUCCUCACUUGUUUAUGUGUAUUUGUAUCUACUGCUGUGCAUCUGUGUGUAUCUGUAUUUUAAUAUUUAUGACAGUAAGUGUAUUUUGAGUUGUGCUGACUUAGGAUUUGAUCAUCAAGGUAUUUUUCCCCCACAGGACUGCUUGUAACGACAUCAGCAACAACCAGCAACACAACACCAGGUAAGAUUAUUACAAUAAGUUCUUUAAAACUAACAAAAAGGUAAACCUUGAAAUGUUAUAUCUGAUGGUGCAAUUCAGACCUUUCUUUUUUUUAGACAUGACAUUAGGUGUAGCAGAUUGUCAAUUCUGUCAAAACAAAAAUUUCGGAAGAAAAAAUUCAUGUCAUCAUCUGAUCAUGACCAGAAGGUGUCAGCAGUUCAACUUUUGAACCAACACAAAGACCCUUCAGUGUUUAAUACAGGUUAUACUACAAUCAUUUUUGAUAAUUCCACUAGAUUUAACGACAUAUCUUCAUAUUGUUGAUGGAGUUUGAUUAUGGCUGUGACUUAAACAUUUGUUACUGCAGUUUUAAACUCUUGCUUGUGCCCACUUGAUGUUAACGGAUUACAAGAAGUACAUUCUAAUAUAGUUUCUCAAGCUACAUUCAGUUCUGGAUUUUUUGCUUGAUCAGCAAAAAAAGCUGUUUGCUUUGGCAGAGAAAUUUUAGGCAAAAAUGACUGGUAGGUAACCGAUUUUACAACAAAAAGGUAAUCAAUACUUUUAAAUGUGAAUGUUUCAGUGUGCCAGUGACUGGCCGUAACCCACUAUGAUUGUGUCAUUGUUACUAGAACAUUAUUUAGAAAUAUAUAAAAAUCUAGAAGUUGCAAUAAAUCAAGGUAAGUGUUCAUGUGAUCAGUUUGCAUAAUGGUUUAUUAUUUUCAUAUGGUUUUAAUAAACAAUGACAAAAUAAAAAUGAACGAUAAAAUGUACCUACUAACGACAAUGUCUGUGUGCCUUGUGCCUGAUAUGUAUUUCUUUUCACUUUCAUUUGUACAAAUUGAAAUGCUUCUUAAUUUUUUUUUUUUUUUUUAAUUGGUAACAGAUGAAUACACUUAACUAAAAUUUCCCAGAAUUUCCAAAACACUUUUCUCUUUCAUUAAUACUGUGUGAAAAAAUGUAAAAAGAGGCAUUGGAAAAAGAAACUAUUUUUGUCAUUUAGAAAACAUUUUUUAACAUGACUGUCAAUAAUUUUGCACGUUUUUAAACUCGUACAGAAUGCUUUAAAAAUCACAACCAGCAUUAUCGGCCAAUCAUGGAAGUAUUCCACACAAGGAAUUCAACUCUAGUGAACGUUGCCCUAGAUACACACAUUGAGCAUGAAAUGUUACAAAAAUUGUAACAAAAAUCCAAAGUAUGUACCAGCUCACACGAGACAUUUAAUUUAUAUAUACUAGACAGUAUUGCAGUAGGACAAUUAGGAGGAGUACGGUGGAGUCAAGAGUAAUUGAGAAAAAAUAUAUACAUGUCAAUAUGUUACAGGUGGCUUGUGUACAUGAGGUAAAAAUACAUUAUGUUUUACAGUAACAACUUAAAAAAUAAUAACAAAUAUAAUAGAUAUAAAUUUGGUUGAUCAUAUUGUUUCUCUCCUUCAGUAAAAAUCUACAAUGAAAUAGACAAACAGGAUUGAGGCUGGAUGCCAUAAACAGGAAAACAUAAUUUACAUACAUAGACAGAGGGAUAUGCAAUUAAUAACCAACCUUUCAGCCUCCACAUUUUGAUUUUAUUGACGUCUACAUUCAACAAGAUUUGAAAUUCUUUGUGGGUAGUUCAAUAAUAAUCCAAAACUUUAUAGCUGUAUUACAGCAUACCAAUAAUCUUAAUAUACGACUGUUUAGGGUCAGAAACAAACUGAUGUUUGAAUAAUUAAAUUUCAUUUGAGGGAUAAAAGAUCAAAACUAAACAGUACAUAAUGUACACCAGACACUGCAAUUAUUAUUAUUUAAACUCCACAACAUACAUUUUCUUCCUCCAAGUUAUUGCAUUUAGUUGGAUGGAAUCCAUGAUAAGUAGUCUACAAGAAGAGGGAAAAGGGCACACAUUUAUAUACAUAGAGUAUCUCACUGAUUCGUUUCAAAACUAAUCUUUAAGUUGUACAAAAAACACAUAGCAGUUGUAUUGAAAAGAUUUUAAGAAGCACUCAAAACAGUUUUUUGUACAAAUUUAAACAUAAAAUCCCUUUUUAAAGAUUACACUCUCUUUCCUAUUCCUGCUUUAAUUGGUAACUGCUAUUUUACUUUGUCUUACCAGCCAACUCAUCAUCGUCACCAGUCAUUACAACCUCAUCACAAGAAACCAUAUCUGCAACAACAGUACAUGAUAGCUCAACACAACCCACUACACCAACAUCAUCAGUAACAACAGCAACAUCAAUAAGUGUGAACUCCCCUUCAAAAACUGUAACCUCAGCAACAGUACCUAUCACCUCUUCUCCAAUCAAUGAAGCCUCAACAACAACGCACAUGACCCCAUCAACUGUCAAUGCUUUAUCAUCAUCUGCUGCAAUGACCUCACCAACAGGCAGUGAAACCCCUUCAACAUCCCACAAAACCUCAACAAUAGUAAACCUGUCCUCAGCAGGAGUGACUAUGGCUUCUCUUUCUACUGAUAUAACUACACUAACAGUCAAUGCAACUUCACCAACCCUCAACAUCACCUCACCACUAGCCACAACAAGUAACACAUUCACCUCAAGUUCAGUCACUCAAACACUGUCAACUGUGACUGAAACUUUGCCUGUUACAUCAUCUCCAGACCAAAUGACCUCUACAUCACCUUAUUUGACAACCCAAGCAGUAAGUUCAACCUCAUUGGCAGAUUCCAUGUCCACCUCACCAGCACACAACAUAACCUUUACUUCAGUAAAUACGGCCUCACAGACAGAACAUAAUACCUCACCACUUGUCAGUGUAACUACUCCAACACUUCACAUGACCUCAUCAACAGUGGAACAUGGAACUUCACCACCUGUUUCACCAACAGCUAACACAAGUCCAUCAACAGACCAAAAAACCUCAGUAGAAGACACCACUGCAGGUGUGACCAUGACUUCAACAUCUGCUGAAACCACCUCACUAUCAGCUACUGUCACUUCAUCACAAGUCAAAAUGACCUCAACAAUUGCCAGCAUGGCCUCCACACUGCUGACUACAAGUGAGGUAUUAUCUUCCAACCCACUUAAGUCAACCUCCUCACCAGUCCCUGAAACCUCCACAGUAACGUCUUCACAAGUCAAAAUGACCUCAACUUCACUUCAGAUGACCACAGCAGCAGUCAGUGCAACCUCUGCACAACAACAAACAACAACUGUUGCUCCACGCACUACGACAACACCUGCCCCACCAGCAGAGCCCAAAAUUAAGUUAGAGUUUAAGAUUCAGCAGACCUUUACAGAAGACCUUAAAAACGAAUCCUCACCAGCAUUCAAGAAAUUAAAACAGGAUGUAUCCUCUGCGGUGAGUCCAUGUAUUUUCUUUUGCUGAGUCAUUUUUUGUAUAGCUUUUAACCAGUUAUAGUUCUUAGUCAGGGUGAAGCUCAAAGGAAAUGAAAUGCUUCAGGAGUUCUGUUUAGGACUGAUGCUCAAUUUAGAGGAUAGCAAAGGCAUUUCAAACCAUAUCCUCAUAAUAAUUGAAAUCAAGACUUAUCUUUGCUAAAUGUAAUUGUCAUCCAUUAGUUUAAUAGGAGGAAGCAGGACUGAAUGUGUAAUACUACUCAUAUGUAGCUUUACAACUUUAUUCUCAGCCUGUUUACUCAUGUCUUUCAACAUCAUUUAUUGACAGCUCGACACAGUCUAUACUGAAAAAUUUGGAGCUGCCUUCAAUAAAACGAUCGUCAAGGGUUUCAGGUAAUACCAGGAAAUACUUUAUUUUUCCUCUCCCUUUUUUCUUUUCCUAAAUUUUUUUCUUAAUUAUUACAUUUAUUUAAGUUCUUAAUAUUACCAUCUUCAUUUUUAUACCUGAAUUUUGCACUCUUUGUCUGUGAUGCUGCUGUGACAAAAAAAUUUCCCCCAUGGGGAUCACUGAAGGAAUAUUUUAUUCUAGUAUAUUCUAUUCAAUUCUACUUCAUGCUUUUACAGCUUGAAAUAUCUUUUACUCUUACACUCAAAUUUAAAUGAAAAAAAAUAAAUGAACAUAUAUAUAAACAUAUAUAUAAUAUAUAUAUAUAUAUAUAUAUAUAUAUAUAGUUAUAUAUGAAAGAACAGCAGAAGAAAUUGUGGCUCCCAAACUGACUUUUCAAAACUUUUUGUCACAGUAAAGGAUCCGUUAAAGUCGAUGCUGACCUGCUAUUCAAUCAGGCAAAAACAAUGCCUGAUGCCAGCUCAACAGCUGACACUUUAAAGACAGCAGUCGCUGGCCCUAAUUUCACUCUCCCCGUUGACCAAUCAUCCAUUGUUUCAACUGGUAAGAAAUUCCAAGAUUUCAAUCCUCUUUAAUGACAAAAUUUAAGGUCAAAAAUUAUGUUAAUACUAUGAAACUAUGGCAAACCUUAUUUUAAUACAAAACCCAACUCUUACACUACAAACCUUACUUUCAGUUGUGUCAGCUCCAACUGAAGCUCCGGCCAAGGUUGCAACUUCAACUUUGAUGGAAACAACUCCCACAUCAGGUAUUUUUCAAACACUGUCAUCCCCAAAAUUUCAAACAUAUAACGUUUUGCACUUACAAAUAGGGGUUCAGCAAUUGUAUUGCUGUUGCUUAGGUUUAAUCUUUAGAAACAACAAGGAAUAAACAUUUUGCAACUGGUUCUUACAUACACUGUAAACACACUUCACAACAAAACAAGCCAUGAAUUCCAACCUUUCAUAAUCAUUCUGCCUUGAACCUGGUCAACGUGGCAUUGUAACUAGUUAAAAAUGCAUUUGUUGCACUGAACUAAUCAAAUCAAAACAAUUGCACCAACAGUAAACCCAACCUCCUCACCAAUCAGCACUUCCACACCACUCAUUGAAAUGACUUCAACACUGCUUUAUUCAACCACACCACUAGUCAGUGCAACCUCCCAAACAGUACCCGCCACCUCUUCUCCAAACAAUGAAGCCUCAACAACAACGCACAUGACCCCAUCAACUGUCAAUGCUUUAUCAUCAUCUGCUGCAAUGACCUCACCAACAGGCAGUGAAACCCCUUCAACAUCCCACAAAACCUCAACAAUAGUAAACCUGUCCUCAGCAGGAGUGACUUUGGCUUCGCUUUCUACUGAUAUAACUACACUAACAGUCAAUGCAACUUCACCAACCCUCAACAUCACCUCACCACUAGCCACAAGUAACACAUUCACCUCAAGUUCAGUCAAUCAAAAACUGUCAACUGUGACUGAAACUUUGCCUGUUACAUCAUCUCCUGACCAAAUGACCUCUUCAUCACCUUAUUUGACAACCCAAGCAGUCAGCUCAACCUCAUUGGCCGAUUCCAUGUCCACCUCACCAGCACACAACAUAACCUUUACUUCAGUAAAUACGGCCUCACAGACAGAACAUAAUACCUCACCACUUGUCAGUGUAACUACUCCAACACUUCACAUGACCUCAUCAACAGUGGAACAUGGAACUUCACCACCUGUUUCACCAACAGCUAACACAAGUCCAUCAACAGACCAAAAAACCUCAGUAGAAGACACCACUGCAGGUGUGACCAUAACUUCAACAUCUGCUGAAACCACCUCACUAUCAGCUACUGUCACUUCAUCACAAGUCAAAAUGACCUCAAUAAUUGCCAGCAUGGCCUCCACACUGCUGACUACAAGUGAGGUAUUAUCUUCCAACCCACUUAAGUCAACCUCCUCACCAGUCCCCGAAACCUCCACAGUAACAUCUUCACAAGUCAAAAUGACCUCAACUUCACCUCAGAUGACCACAGCAGCAGUCAGUGCAACCUCUGCACAACAACAAACAACAACUGUUGCUCCACGCACUACGACAACACCUGCCCCACCAGCAGAGCCCAAAAUUAAGUUAGAGUUUAAGAUUCAGCAGACCUUUACAGAAGACCUUAAAAACGAAUCCUCACCAGCAUUCAAGAAAUUAAAACAGGAUGUAUCCUCUGCGGUGAGUCCAUGUAUUUUCUUUUGCUGAGUCAUUUUUUGUAUAGCUUUUAACCAGUUAUAGUUCUUAGUCAGGGUGAAGCUCAAAGGAAAUGAAAUGCUUUAGGAGUUCUGUUUAGGACUGAUGCUCAAUUUAGAGGAUAGCAAAGGCAUUUCAAACCAUAUCCUCAUAAUAAUUGAAAUCAAGACUUAUCUUUGCUAAAUGUAAUUGUCAUCCAUUGGUUUAAUAGGAGGAAGCAGGACUGAAUGUGUAAUACUACUCAUAUGUAGCUUUACAAUUUUAUUCUCAGCCUGUUUACUCAUGUCUUUCAACAUCAUUUAUUGACAGCUCGACACAGUCUAUACUGAAAAAUUUGGAGCUGCCUUCAAUAAAACGAUCGUCAAGGGUUUCAGGUAAUACCAGGAAAUACUUCAUGCUUUUACAGCUUGAAAUAUCUUUUAGUCUUACACUCAUACUUAUAAAUAUAUAAUACUUAUAUAUAUAUAUAAGUAUGUAUGUAUAUAUAUAAUAUAUAUAUAUAGUUAUAUAUGAAAGAACAGCAGAAGAAAUUGUGGCUCCCAAACUGACUUUUCAAAACUUUUUGUCACAGUAAAGGAUCCGUUAAAGUCGAUGCUGACCUGCUAUUCAAUCAGGCAAAAACAAUGCCUGAUGCCAGCUCAACAGCUGACACUUUAAAGACAGCAGUCGCUGGCCCUAAUUUCACUCUCCCCGUUGACCAAUCAUCCAUUGUUUCAACUGGUAAGAAAUUCCAAGAUUUCAAUCCUCUUUAAUGACAAAAUUUAAGGUCAAAAAUUCAGUUAAUACUAUGAAACUAUGGCAAACCUUAUUUUAAUACAAAACCCAAUCUCUUACACUACAAACCUUACUUUCAGUUGUGUCAGCUCCAACUGAAGCUCCGGCCAAGGUUGCAACUUCAACUUUGAUGGAAACAACUCCCACAUCAGGUAUUUUUCAAACACUGUCAUCCCCAAAAUUUCAAACAUAUAACAUUUUGCACUUACAAAUAGGGGUUCAGCAAUUGUAUUGCUGUUGCUUAGGUUUAAUCUUUAGAAACAACAAGGAAUAAACAUUUUGCAACUGGUUCUUACAUAUACUGUAAACAUACUUCACAACAAAACAAGCCAUGAAUUCCAACCUCGCACAAUCAUUCUGCCUUGAACCUGGUAAAUGUGGCAUUGUAACUAGUUAAAAAUGUAUUUAUUGCACUGAACUAAUCAAAUCAAAACAAUUGCACCAACAGUAAACCCAACCUCCUCACCAAUCAGCACUUCCACACCACUCAUUGAAAUGACUUCAACACUGCUUUAUUCAACCACACCACUAGUCAGUGCAACCUCCCAAACAGUACCCGCCACCUCUUCUCCAAACAAUGAAGCCUCAACAACAACGCACAUGUCCCCAUCAACUGUCAAUGCUUUAUCAUCAUCUGCUGCAAUGACCUCACCAACAAGCAGUGAAACCCCUUCAACAUCCCACAAAACCUCAACAAUAGUAAACCUGUCCUCAGCAGGAGUGACUUUGGCUUCGCUUUCUACUGAUAUAACUACACUAACAGUCAAUGCAACUUCACCAACCCUCAACAUCACCUCACCACUAGCCACAACAAGUAACACAAUUCACCUCAAGUUCAGUCACUCAAACACUGUCAACUGUGACUGAAACUUUGCCUGUUACAUCAUCUCCAGACCAAAUGACCUCUACAUCACCUUAUUUGACAACCCUAGCAGUCAGCUCAACCUCAUUGGCAGAUUCCAUGUCCACCUCACCAGCAUACAACAUAACCUUUACUUCAGUAAAUACGGCCUCACAGACAGAACAUAAUACCUCACCACUUGUCAGUGUAACUACUCCAACACUUCACAUGACCUCAUCAACAGUGGAACAUGGAACUUCACCACCUGUUUCACCAACAGCUAACACAAGUCCAUCAACAGACCAAAAAACCUCAGUAGAAGACACCACUGCAGGUGUGACCAUAACUUCAACAUCUGCUGAAACCACCUCACUAUCAGCUACUGUCACUUCACCACAAGUCAAAAUGACCUCAACAAUUGCCAGCAUGGCCUCCACACUGCUGACUACAAGUGAGGUAUUAUCUUCCAACCCACUUAAGUCAACCUCCUCACCAGUCCCCGAAACCUCCACAGUAACAUCUUCACAAGUCAAAAUGACCUCAACUUCACUUCAGAUGACCACAGCAGCAGUCAGUGCAACCUCUGAACAACAACAAACAACAACUGUUGCUCCACGCACUACGACAACACCUGCCCCACCAGCAGAGCCCAAAAUUAAGUUAGAGUUUAAGAUUCAGCAGACCUUUACAGAAGACCUUAAAAACGAAUCCUCACCAGCAUUCAAGAAAUUAAAACAGGAUGUAUCCUCUGCGGUGAGUCCAUGUAUUUUCUUUUGCUGAGUCAUUUUUUGUAUAGCUUUUAACCAGUUAUAGUUCUUAGUCAGGGUGAAGCUCAAAGGAAAUGAAAUGCUUCAGGAGUUCUGUUUAGGACUGAUGCUCAAUUUAGAGGAUAGCAAAGGCAUUUCAAACCAUAUCCUCAUAAUAAUUGAAAUCAAGACUUAUCUUUGCUAAAUGUAAUUGUCAUCCAUUAGUUUAAUAGGAGGAAGCAGGACUGAAUGUGUAAUACUUCUCAUAUGUAGCUUUACAACUUUAUUCUCAGCCUGUUUACUCAUGUCUUUCAACAUCAUUUAUUGACAGCUCGACACAGUCUAUACUGAAAAAUUUGGAGCUGCCUUCAAUAAAACGAUCGUCAAGGGUUUCAGGUAAUACCAGGAAAUACUUCAUGCUUUUACAGCUUGAAAUAUCUUUAAGUCUUACACUCAUACUUAUAAAUAUAUAAUAUUUAUAUAUAUAUAUAAGUAUGUAUGUAUAUAUAUAAUAUAUAUAUAUAGUUAUAUAUGAAAGAACAGCAGAAGAAAUUGUGGCUCCCAAACUGACUUUUCAAAACUUUUUGUCACAGUAAAGGAUCCGUUAAAGUCGACGCUGACCUGUUAUUCAAUCAGGCAAAAACAAUGCCUGAUGCCAGCUCAACAGCUGACACUUUAAAGACAGCAGUCGCUGGCCCUAAUUUCACUCUCCCCGUUGACCAAUCAUCCAUUGUUUCAACUGGUAAGAAAUUCCAAGAUUUCAAUCCUCUUUGAUGACAAAAUUUAAGGUCAAAAAUUCAGUUAAUACUAUGAAACUAUGGCAAACCUUAUUUUAAUACAAAACCCAAUCUCUUACACUACAAACCUUACUUUCAGUUGUGUCAGCUCCAACUGAAGCUCCGGCCAAGGUUGCAACUUCAACUUUGAUGGAAACAACUCCCACAUCAGGUAUUUUUCAAACACUGUCAUCCCCAAAAUUUCAAACAUAUAACUUUUGCACUUACAAAUAGGGGUUCAGCAAUUGUAUUGCUGUUGCUUAGGUUUAAUCUUUAGAAACAACAAGGAAUAAACAUUUUGCAACUGGUUCUUACAUAUACUGUAAACACACUUCACAACAAAACAAGCCAUGAAUUCCAACCUUUCAUAAUCAUUCUGCCUUGAACCUGGUCAACGUGGCAUUGUAACUAGUUAAAAAUGCAUUUGUUGCACUGAACUAAUCAAAUCAAAACAAUUGCACCAACAGUAAACCCAACCUCCUCACCAAUCAGCACUUCCACACCACUCAUUGAAAUGACUUCAACACUGCUUUAUUCAACCACACCACUAGUCAGUGCAACCUCCCAAACAGUACCCGCCACCUCUUCUCCAAACAAUGAAGCCUCAACAACACCGCACAUGACCCCAUCAACUGUCAAUGCUUUAUCAUCAUCUGCUGCAAUGACCUCACCAACAGGCAGUGAAACCCCUUCAACAUCCCACAAAACCUCAACAAUAGUAAACCUGUCCUCAGCAGGAGUGACUUUGGCUUCGCUUUCUACUGAUAUAACUACACUAACAGUCAAUGCAACUUCACCAACCCUCAACGUCACCUCGGCACUAGCCUCAAGUAACACAUUCACCUCAAGUUCAGUCAAUCAAAAACUGUCAACUGUGACUGAAACUUUAACUGUUACAUCAUCUCCUGACCAAAUGACCUCUACAUCACCUUAUUUGACAACCCUAGCAGUCAGCUCAACCUCAUUGGCAGAUUCCAUGUCCACCUCACCAGCAUACAACAUAACCUUUACUUCAGUAAAUACGGCCUCACAGACAGAACAUAAUACCUCACCACUUGUCAGUGUAACUACUCCAACACUUCACAUGACCUCAUCAACAGUGGAACAUGGAACUUCACCACCUGUUUCACCAACAGCUAACACAAGUCCAUCAACAGACCAAAAAACCUCAGUAGAAGACACCACUGCAGGUGUGACCAUAACUUCAACAUCUGCUGAAACCACCUCACUAUCAGCUACUGUCACUUCACCACAAGUCAAAAUGACCUCAACAAUUGCCAGCAUGGCCUCCACACUGCUGACUACAAGUGAGGUAUUAUCUUCCAACCCACUCAAGUCAACCUCCUCACCAGUCCCCGAAACCUCCACAGUAACCUCUUCACAAGUCAAAAUGACCUCAACUUCACUUCAGAUGACCACAGCAGCAGUCAGUGCAACCUCUGCACAACAACAAACAACAACUGUUGCUCCACGCACUACGACAACACCUGCCCCACCAGCAGAGCCCAAAAUUAAGUUAGAGUUUAAGAUUCAGCAGACCUUUACAGAAGACCUUAAAAACGAAUCCUCACCAGCAUUCAAGAAAUUAAAACAGGAUGUAUCCUCUGCGGUGAGUCCAUGUAUUUUCUUUUGCUGAGUCAUUUUUUGUAUAGCUUUUAACCAGUUAUAGUUCUUAGUCAGGGUGAAGCUCAAAGGAAAUGAAAUGCUUCAGGAGUUCUGUUUAGGACUGAUGCUCAAUUUAGAGGAUAGCAAAGGCAUUUCAAACCAUAUCCUCAUAAUAAUUGAAAUCAAGACUUAUCUUUGCUAAAUGUAAUUGUCAUCCAUUGGUUUAAUAGGAGGAAGCAGGACUGAAUGUGUAAUACUACUCAUAUGUAGCUUUACAAUUUUAUUCUCAGCCUGUUUACUCAUGUCUUUCAACAUCAUUUAUUGACAGCUCGACACAGUCUAUACUGAAAAAUUUGGAGCUGCCUUCAAUAAAACGAUCGUCAAGGGUUUCAGGUAAUACCAGGAAAUACUUCAUGCUUUUACAGCUUGAAAUAUCUUUUAGUCUUACACUCAUACUUAUAAAUAUAUAAUACUUAUAUAUAUAUAAGUAUGUAUGUAUAUAUAUAAUAUAUAUAUAUAGUUAUAUAUGAAAGAACAGCAGAAGAAAUUGUGGCUCCCAAACUGACUUUUCAAAACUUUUUGUCACAGUAAAGGAUCCGUUAAAGUCGAUGCUGACCUGCUAUUCAAUCAGGCAAAAACAAUGCCUGAUGCCAGCUCAACAGCUGACACUUUAAAGACAGCAGUCGCUGGCCCUAAUUUCACUCUCCCCGUUGACCAAUCAUCCAUUGUUUCAACUGGUAAGAAAUUCCAAGAUUUCAAUCCUCUUUAAUGACAAAAUUUAAGGUCAAAAAUUCAGUUAAUACUAUGAAACUAUGGCAAACCUUAUUUUAAUACAAAACCCAAUCUCUUACACUACAAACCUUACUUUCAGUUGUGUCAGCUCCAACUGAAGCUCCGGCCAAGGUUGCAACUUCAACUUUGAUGGAAACAACUCCCACAUCAGGUAUUUUUCAAACUGUCAUCCCCAAAAUUUCAAACAUAUAACAUUUUGCACUUACAAAUAGGGGUUCAGCAAUUGUAUUGCUGUUGCUUAGGUUUAAUCUUUAGAAACAACAAGGAAUAAACAUUUUGCAACUGGUUCUUACAUAUACUGUAAACACACUUCACAACAAAACAAGCCAUGAAUUCCAACCUCGCACAAUCAUUCUGCCUUGAACCUGGUAAAUGUGGCAUUGUAACUAGUUAAAAAUGUAUUUAUUGCACUGAACUAAUCAAAUCAAAACAAUUGCACCAACAGUAAACCCAACCUCCUCACCAAUCAGCACUUCCACACCACUCAUUGAAAUGACUUCAACACUGCUUUAUUCAACCACACCACUAGUCAGUGCAACCUCCCAAACAGUACCCGCCACCUCUUCUCCAAACAAUGAAGCCUCAACAACAACGCACAUGACCCCAUCAACUGUCAAUGCUUUAUCAUCAUCUGCUGCAAUGACCUCACCAACAAGCAGUGAAACCCCUUCAACAUCCCACAAAACCUCAACAAUAGUAAACCUGUCCUCAGCAGGAGUGACUUUGGCUUCGCUUUCUACUGAUAUAACUACACUAACAGUCAAUGCAACUUCACCAACCCUCAACAUCACCUCACCACUAGCCACAACAAGUAACACAAUUACCUCAAGUUCAGUCACUCAAACACUGUCAACUGUGACUGAAACUUUGCCUGUUACAUCAUCUCCAGACCAAAUGACCUCUACAUCACCUUAUUUGACAACCCUAGCAGUCAGCUCAACCUCAUUGGCAGAUUCCAUGUCCACCUCACCAGCAUACAACAUAACCUUUACUUCAGUAAAUACGGCCUCACAGACAGAACAUAAUACCUCACCACUUGUCAGUGUAACUACUCCAACACUUCACAUGACCUCAUCAACAGUGGAACAUGGAACUUCACCACCUGUUUCACCAACAGCUAACACAAGUCCAUCAACAGACCAAAAAACCUCAGUAGAAGACACCACUGCAGGUGUGACCAUAACUUCAACAUCUGCUGAAACCACCUCACUAUCAGCUACUGUCACUUCAUCACAAGUCAAAAUGACCUCAACAAUUGCCAGCAUGGCCUCCACACUGCUGACUACAAGUGAGGUAUUAUCUUCCAACCCACUCAAGUCAACCUCCUCACCAGUCCCCGAAACCUCCACAGUAACAUCUUCACAAGUCAAAAUGACCUCAACUUCACUUCAGAUGACCACAGCAGCAGUCAGUGCAACCUCUGCACAACAACAAACAACAACUGUUGCUCCACGCACUACGACAACACCUGCCCCACCAGCAGAGCCCAAAAUUAAGUUAGAGUUUAAGAUUCAGCAGACCUUUACAGAAGACCUUAAAAACGAAUCCUCACCAGCAUUCAAGAAAUUAAAACAGGAUGUAUCCUCUGCGGUGAGUCCAUGUAUUUUCUUUUGCUGUGUAAUUUUUUGUACAGCUUUUAACCAGAUACAGUUUUUAGUCAGGGUGAAGCUCAAAGGAAAUGAAAUGCUUCAGGAGUUCUGUUUAGGAUUGAUGCUCAAUUUAGAGGAUAGCAAAGGCAUUUCAAACCAUACCCUCAUAAUAAUUGAAAUCAAGAUUUAUCUUUGCUAAAUGUAAUUGGCAUCCAUUAGUUUAAUAGGAGGAAGCAGGACUGAAUGUGUAAUACUACUCAAAUGUAGCUUUACAACUUUAUUCUCAGCCUGUUUACUCAUGUCUUUCAACAUCAUUUAUUGACAGCUCGACACAGUCUAUACUGAAAAAUUUGGAGCUGCCUUCAAUAAAACGAUCGUCAAGGGUUUCAGGUAAUACCAGGAAAUACUUCAUGCUUUUACAGCUUGAAAUAUCUUUUAGUCUUACACUCAUACUUAUAAAUAUAUAAUACUUAUAUAUAUAUAUAUAAGUAUGUAUGUAUAUAUAUAAUAUAUAUAUAUAGUUAUAUAUGAAAGAACAGCAGAAGAAAUUGUGGCUCCCAAGCUGACUUUUCAAAACUUUUUGUCACAGUAAAGGAUCCGUUAAAGUCGAUGCUGAGCUGCUAUUCAAUCAGGCAAAAACAAUGCCAAAUGCCAGCUCAACAGCUGACACUUUAAAGACAGCAGUCGCUGGCCCUAAUUUCACUCUCCCCGUUGACCAAUCAUCCAUUGUUUCAACUGGUAAGAAAUUCCAAGAUUUCAAUCCUCUUUAAUGACAAGAUUUAAGGUCAAAAAUUCAGUUAAUACUAUGAAACUAUGGCAAACCUUAUUUUAAUACAAAACCCAAUCUCUUACACUACAAACCUUACUUUCAGUUGUGUCAGCUCCAACUGAAGCUCCGGCCAAGGUUGCAACUUCAACUUUGAUGGAAACAACUCCCACAUCAGGUAUUUUUCAAACACUGUCAUCCCCAAAAUUUCAAACAUAUAACAUUUUGCACUUACAAAUAGGGGUUCAGCAAUUGUAUUGCUGUUGCUUAGGUUUAAUCUUUAGAAACAACAAGGAAUAAACAUUUUGCAACUGGUUCUUACAUAUACUGUAAACAUACUUCACAACAAACGGGCCAUGAAUUCCAACCUUUCACAAUCAUUCUGCCUUGAACCUGUUCGAUGUGACACUGUGACUAGUUAAAAAUGUGUUUGUUGCACUGAACUAAUCAAAUCAAAACAAUUGCACCAACAGUAAACCCAACCUCCUCACCAAUCAGCACUUCCACACCACUCAUUGAAAUGACUUCAACACUGCUUUAUUCAACCACACCACUAGUCAGUGCAACCUCCCAAACAGUACCCGCCACCUCUUCUCCAAACAAUGAAGCCUCAACAACAACGCACAUGACCCCAUCAACUGUCAAUGCUUUAUCAUCAUCUGCUGCAAUGACCUCACCAACAAGCAGUGAAACCCCUUCAACAUCCCACAAAACCUCAACAAUAGUAAACCUGUCCUCAGCAGGAGUGACUUUGGCUUCGCUUUCUACUGAUAUAACUACACUAACAGUCAAUGCAACUUCACCAACCCUCAACGUCACCUCACCACUAGCCACAACAAGUAAAACAAUUACCUCAAGUUCAGUCACUCAAACACUGUCAACUGUGACUGAAACUUUGCCUGUUACAUCAUCUCCAGACCAAUUGACCUCUACAUCACCUUAUUUGACAACCCUAGCAGUCAGCUCAACCUCAUUGGCAGAUUCCAUGUCCACCUCACCAGCAUACAACAUAACCUUUACUUCAGUAAAUACGGCCUCACAGACAGAACAUAAUACCUCACCACUUGUCAGUGUAACUACUCCAACACUUCACAUGACCUCAUCAACAGUGGAACAUGGAACUUCACCACCUGUUUCACCAACAGCUAACACAAGUCCAUCAACAGACCAAAAAACCUCAGUAGAAGACACCACUGCAGGUGUGACCAUAACUUCAACAUCUGCUGAAACCACCUCACUAUCAGCUACUGUCACUUCACCACAAGUCAAAAUGACCUCAACAAUUGCCAGCAUGGCCUCCACACUGCUGACUACAAGUGAGGUAUUAUCUUCCAACCCACUCAAGUCAACCUCCUCACCAGUCCCCGAAACCUCCACAGUAACAUCUUCACAAGUCAAAAUGACCUCAACUUCACUUCAGAUGACCACAGCAGCAGUCAGUGCAACCUCUGCACAACAACAAACAACAACUGUUGCUCCACGCACUACGACAACACCUGCCCCACCAGCAGAGCCCAAAAUUAAGUUAGAGUUUAAGAUUCAGCAGACCUUUACAGAAGACCUUAAAAACGAAUCCUCACCAGCAUUCAAGAAAUUAAAACAGGAUGUAUCCUCUGCGGUGAGUCCAUGUAUUUUCUUUUGCUGUGUAAUUUUUUGUACAGCUUUUAACCAGAUACAGUUUUUAGUCAGGGUGAAGCUCAAAGGAAAUGAAAUGCUUCAGGAGUUCUGUUUAGGAUUGAUGCUCAAUUUAGAGGAUAGCAAAGGCAUUUCAAACCAUACCCUCAUAAUAAUUGAAAUCAAGAUUUAUCUUUGCUAAAUGUAAUUGGCAUCCAUUAGUUUAAUAGGAGGAAGCAGGACUGAAUGUGUAAUACUACUCAAAUGUAGCUUUACAACUUUAUUCUCAGCCUGUUUACUCAUGUCUUUCAACAUCAUUUAUUGACAGCUCGACACAGUCUAUACUGAAAAAUUUGGAGCUGCCUUCAAUAAAACGAUCGUCAAGGGUUUCAGGUAAUACCAGGAAAUACUUCAUGCUUUUACAGCUUGAAAUAUCUUUUAGUCUUACACUCAUACUUAUAAAUAUAUAAUACUUAUAUAUAUAUAAGUAUGUAUGUAUAUAUAUAAUAUAUAUAUAUAUAGUUAUAUAUGAAAGAACAGCAGAAGAAAUUGUGGCUCCCAAACUGACUUUUCAAAACUUUUUGUCACAGUAAAGGAUCCGUUAAAGUCGAUGCUGAGCUGCUAUUCAAUCAGGCAAAAACAAUGCCAAAUGCCAGCUCAACAGCUGACACUUUAAAGACAGCAGUCGCUGGCCCUAAUUUCACUCUCCCCGUUGACCAAUCAUCCAUUGUUUCAACUGGUGAGAAAUUCCAAGAUUUCAAUCCUCUUUAAUGACAAAAUUUAAGGUCAAAAAUUCAGUUAAUACUAUGAAACUAUGGCAAACCUUAUUUUAAUACAAAACCCAAUCUCUUACACUACAAACCUUACUUUCAGUUGUGUCAGCUCCAACUGAAGCUCCGGCCAAGGUUGCAACUUCAACUUUGAUGGAAACAACUCCCACAUCAGGUAUUUUUCAAACACUGUCAUCCCCAAAAUUUCAAACAUAACGUUUUGCACUUACAAAUAGGGGUUCAGCAAUUGUAUUGCUGUUGCUUAGGUUUAAUCUUUAGAAACAACAAGGAAUAAACAUUUUGCAACUGGUUCAAACAUAUACUGUUAACACACAACAAAACGAGCCAUGAAUUCCAACCUUUCACAAUCAUUCUGCCUUGAACCUGUUCGAUGUGACACUGUGACUAGUUAAAAAUGUGUUUGUUGCACUGAACUAAUCAAAUCAAAACAAUUGCACCAACAGUAAACCCAACCUCCUCACCAAUCAGCACUUCCACACCACUCAUUGAAAUGACUUCAACACUGCUUUAUUCAACCACACCACUAGUCAGUGCAACCUCCCAAACAGUACCCACCACCUCUUCUCCAAACAAUGAAUCUUCAACAACACCGCACAUGACCCCAUCAACUGUCAAUGCUUCAUCAUCAUCUGCUGUAAUGACCUCACCAACAGGUAGUGAAUCCCCUUCAACAUCCCACAAAACCUCAACAAUAGUCAAUGAAUUCCAAUAUUUUACAUUUACUGAUGGAAAGCACUCUUACAUUGGUUAUUUUCAGGGCACGGUUACAAAGAAAUGUUAAGAAAUUUAAUUUCAAUAUGAAAUAUACUUUUUCUGUCAUGACCUAAUUGAAAUUAUCAUUUUCAUAAUUAUUCUCAAAAUCUGUUUACUCUCACUCUCAACAGUGGUGAGGUAAAAAGUCUUAGGUACCUUAUCAAAACAAAUGCACUAUGCAUGAGCACACGUCAGCGUAGACUUGACCAACAGUCUACAAUUUCUUACCACCAAUCAAUACAGGUUCACCUCACAAUCACCUCAUAAGAGAAAGCUAACCAUCAGCUCACCAUUCAGCAGUUAAAUGCAACCCUAACAAUGCCCAUGUGACAUCACUCUUCGUCACUGCAACCUUCCAUCCCAAUCUCCUCAUGACUUAACCAAUCCUUUCCAACAGUCUCUGACAUCAAACUGACAUCACAAGGCAGCUUCACCUCCAGUUAGGGUGGAGUUUUAGCUACUCAGUGACACUUCAACAAUAGUCUUCAAAGUUUAACCGCAAGUAGACCUAGCCUUGCUAAUAACAAAGUCUGUUACAGCAAAAUGCAACUGCACCAAAGCCAGUUCACAUCUCCCAGUUCUCAGGUAAAACCACUCUCUACUUUUGUAUUUUUAACUGUUUUGUAGAAAUGAUCCUAAAUGUUUCUUCAGAUAUAACUUUUAUUGAAUUUUUUAUCUUAUUCUUUUUUUUUUGCAGUUUUACUGGCACUGACUCAUCUACAACCACUGCUUCUGCAGUUAUAUUAGUAAUGAGUGAGCUGUUUUUAACUACUACCACAUCAAGUUUAUUAUAUGUUACUGUUUCACUGCUCAGUUUCUCUGACGUCUUAAUCAACAUGAUUCAAACCAGCAGGUAAAGGGUAGCUUCAUCAUGCUAACGUUGCUCAUGGGAAAUUAUAUUCCCGUGAACAGUCUUACUGUAUUGUACCUUACCCUUUUCUUAAAACUGUAAAACUUAAGACUUCUAUUGUGAAAUGUGUGACACAAAUAAAUAAAGUAAAUUUGCCCUGGCUUGUCUUCAGAGUUUGUGUGUUUGUGAGAGUGUUAUGUAUAUAUAUAUAUAUAUAAAAUUAAAUCAAAUGUUUUUUUAAGCUGUGAUAUGCGAUUGUUGUUUUGUCUGUGAUCAAUUCUGAUAAAGUCCUUGGCUGUAUUCUAUAUGUAUAGAUUCUAAUUCUUUAAUCAUUCUUGCAUUUGCAGUUCACACCACCCAGUCAUCAGCAAGCCAAACUUCAGCACACAUCAAUUCAACCUCUCCACAAAGUAUGACAUCAUCACAAGGUAAAGUAUUCAAAUUUUUUUUCAAAUUACUGUUUAUGUGUGUGUGUGUGUGUGUGUGUGUGUGUGUGUGUGUGUGUGUGUGUGUGUGUAUAUAUAUAAAUAUAAAGAUAGACAAAUAAAUAGAUGGAUAAAUGUGUGUGUGCGUGUGUGUGUGUGUACUAUAAAUGAAUUGUGUAGACUUUGUUGUUUAAACAGUUCAUUAUUUCAAUCUCUUAAAGAUGUGAUUGAUUUACCAAUAUAAAUGAUUUCCCUACCAGUGAACAUUACCUCACAGCCACUCAACAUGACUUCCCAAAACCUCAACACAACACCACAACCUGUCAAUGCAACUUCACUUCCAGUAAAUGUGACAUCACAACCAUUCACCUAUUCGCCUAUCAACAUGACCUCACCACUGUUAUUUAACAUGACCGCAACUCCAAUAAAAGCAACUUCAUCACCACUGAACUUCACUUCACCACCGGAUCACAUGACCUCCUCACCACUGUUAUUUAACAUGACCACAACUCCAAUAAACGCAACUUCAUCACCACUGAACUUCACUUCACCACCGGAUCACAUGACCUCCUCACCACUGUUAUUUAACAUGACCGCAACUCCAAUAAAAGCAACUUCAUCACCACUGAACUUCACUUCACCACCGGAUCACAUGACCUCCUCACCGCUACCAAACAUGACCUCCCCACAAGCAAAUGCAACCUCUGCCAAGCCUUUGUCGACAAUGUCACCCCCAGGUAUUUUGCAUGCUUGGUUACUUAGGGCAGCUAUACACUCAAGGUUUUUUUUAUCCAUUAGACUGAACCCAGUGUUUUAAGCUACUUUUUUAACAGUAUUUGAACAUGUACUUAAAUCCUCUAGGCCCUCUUCAACUUUGGAAUAUUCAAAAGGUGUUUGCUCUUUUUGUGCAUCUAGGAAUUGCAACCUCCUCUGCAGUAAUUGGAACAACAGAGAAACAACUACAAACAACUGGUUCUCCAUCCAUGACAACCACACCUGCCCCAGCAAGUGAACCAAAAAUAAAGUUGGGUUUUAAGCUGCAGCAGGAAUUUAAGCCAGAAUUUGCCAACAAAUCCUCACCAGAGUUCAAGGCCUUAGAGAAAACUGUAACAGAAGCGGUAAGAGUUUGCAUUUCUCUUGAAUUAUAAACUACAGUCAGCAUUGCAAAUAUCAGUGACAGAGCUUCAAAAUAUUAUUUUUUAAGGUAUCUUGCAAAUAUUCUCGAGUUUAACCAAUAGAAUUUGAGGCAGAUAACAGACUGUCCAGUGUAAUCACAAAUGAAGGGGAACAAAAAGAUUUAUUUUUAACAAACUAAAAUUAUCCUUUGUAAUAUAUAGAAAUAUGUACCUGAGUAGGAUCUCAAAUCUUCGCAUGACCCCUCACGUAAAGCUCCCAUGAGGAACUUAUUGACUUUCAGUCUAUCUCAUAAAAUUAAAAUACUCCUCACAGGAGCUCACAGCUGUUUGAAAAGUGAAUGGAAAUGACAAACAAAUGCAUUAGUUGUUUUCAUAUGUUUUACUCCUUUAAUUCUGUUUUUCUAAUACUUUCCUCUUUGAAUUAAUCAACAGCUUGACAGUGUAUUUAAGGACAAAUAUGGAUCUGCGUUCAACCGAACUGUAAUCACAGGCUUCAGGUAAUUAAAACAACUCACUUAUCUGACUCCAAAUUUUGCAACACAGAUAUAAAAACCCUUCUUGAAAUAAAAUUGGAUGAAACAAUGUAUGUUGUUUUCUGUUUUGGUUUCCUGACAAAAAAAAGAGGGUUUUGGCAUUUGAUUAGAUUUAUUGUACAAAUGAACAAGCUUAUCUGAAAAAUUCAAUACAUGUUUGUCUUAGGAGUACAAAAGUGCUUGAAAAACUAACUUUCUUCAAACACUCUCUGUCACAGUCAAGGCUCUGUUAAGGCUGAUGUCGAACUCAUAUUCAAUAAUAAAGACACAAAGCCAGAUCCCAGCUCUGUGACUGAAACUUUGACGACUGCUGCUUCAAGCUCUAACUUUUCACUCUCUGUAAACGUAUCAUCUAUCUCUUCAACAGGUAGGAGUUUAUGUCGUGUUAAAAAUGAGCAUCCAGUUUUUCUUUGAUUAAUCGAAGUAUUAGCUUAACUAAAGUAAUGAGAACAUCUUUGCAGACUUUAUUUGUUUUGUAAUUCUCAUUUCCAGAUGUGUCAUCACCAACUGAAGACCAAGUCACGGAGGCCCCCACAACACAUUUGAGCCCCACAUCUUCAUCAGGUAAAGAAAUUUCUUCCAAUAGUACAAAGUGUGUUUUCUUAAGCUAUUUAGUGCAAAGAAUUGGUUUUGGUUAUCAACACUAAUAUACAACACGAUUAUCGAAAUUGUAAUGACUUUGUUGUUUAAACAGUUCAUUAUUUCAAUAUCUUAAAGAUAUGAUUGAUUUACCAAUAUAAAUGAUUUCCCUACCAGUGAACAUUACCUCACAGCCAAUCAACAUGACUUCCCAAAACCUCAACACAACACCACAACCUGUCAAUGCAACUUCACUUCCAGUAAAUGUGACAUCACAACCAUUCACCUAUUCGCCUAUCAACAUGACCUCACCACUGUUAUUUAACAUGACCGCUACUCCAAUAAACCCAACUUCAUCACCACUGAACUUCACUUCACCACCGGAUCACAUGACCUCCUCACCACUGUUAUUUAACAUGACCGCAACUCCAAUAAACGCAACUUCAUCACCACUGAACUUCACUUCACCACCGGAUCACAUGACCUCCUCACCGCUACCAAACAUGACCUCCCCACAAGCAAAUGCAACCUCUGCCAAGCCUUUGUCGACAAUGUCACCCCCAGGUAUUUUGCAUGCUUGAUUACUUAGGGCAGCUAUACACUCAAAGUUUUUAUAUAUUUGACUGACCCAGGGUUUUCAGCUUGUGUUUUGCCCUGUGUUGAUUUUAAUCAUAUAAAACUUUAAUCAUUUGUUCAUUAUGAUAUUUCAUGUGUCCCAGGCAACACAACUUCCCCACCAAUAAAUGGAACAUCAGCACCCGUUAUUACAACUGGGGCUCCAUCUAUUACAACAGCUGCACCAUCAAAAGAUUCCAAGGUCGCACUGUCGUUUAGCCUAAAGCAGAAUUUUACAUCACAACUUGCAAAUCAAUCAUCACCAGAGUUUAAGGAGCUAAAGGACAAAAUUGAAAACAAUGUAAGUACAAAGUAUUUUUAUUUCAGUUCAUGUACUUGCACUUUUGCAAAAUGUUAAAAUUUGUAAAUCUUUCAUAACGUCAUACUCCAAUCUUAAUAUGUGGGAUAACAAUAUGCCACACACACACACACACACACACACACACACACACACACACACACUUACCUUGUCUUUCCUUGCCUACUCACAUCUUGUUUAAAAAUAUAUUUCUCCAGCUGAAUAACAUCUAUAAACAAAAAUUUGGAAGCGGAUUUUCUCAUGCAAAGGUCAACUCUUUCAGGUAUGUGGUAUCUCUAAAUACCUCGAUUUAUUAAGUGCCUUAAGACACACACAAAAAGGUGUAAAUUAUUCACAAAACUAACUAAAGAAGUUGUUUGAUAGUUUGCAGAUUUUUUUAAGUCCUAGAUGAAUGCAAUUAAAGAUGAAGAUAUUUACCAUAGUCCUGCUCUCUAAACCUCUUAUUGUGAUUAGCAUCUGUUGGGUAUCAGCACAAGUUAAAAAAGGUUUUCUCUUACAGUUCAGGCUCAGUUGUGGUGGACUCCGAGCUUAUAUUUAAGAAUGCAAGCUCAGUACCAGAAACAAGUUCUGUGGCAAAUACCCUGGUUGAGGCAUCCAACUCUGGCAACUUCUCCCUUCCGGUUGAUGCGUCAAGUGUUGUUGUAACAAGUAAAAGAAGUUUGAUAUAAAUUUUCAUAUUUAGUCUUAUGCAAUAAAAAAUAUUUUAAAACUUCCAAAGUUUCUCCAAAUGCCACAGGUGUCUGACAUUGUUCUUGUUGUUUUCUAGGGACAAGUACAUCAACACCUAUACCUACAGCAACGAUGCCUGUCACCUCAGUUGCCGACAAUGUUACAUCCAAUCCAACUGCAGCUCCUAAUGUAACAGCUGCGCAGACAGCAGCUCCCAAUGCAACAGCUGCACAGACUGCAGCUCCCAAUGUAACAACUGCAGCUCCUAAUGUAACAGCUGCGCAGACAGCAGCUCCCAAUGCAACAGCUGCACAGACUGCAGCCCCCAAUGUAACAACUGCAGCUCCCAAUGUAACAACUGCAACUCCCAAUGUAACAGCUGCGCAGACUCCUGCACCUACUGGGGCUCCAUCUAUUACAACAGCUGCACCAUCAAAAGAUUCCAAGGUCGCACUGUCGUUUAGCCUAAAGCAGAAUUUUACAUCACAACUUGCAAAUCAAUCAUCACCAGAGUUUAAGGAGCUAAAGGACAAAAUUGAAAACAAUGUAAGUACAAUGUAUUUUUAUUCCAGUUCAUGUUCUUGCACUUUUGCAAAAUGUUAAAAUUUGUAAACCUUUCAUAACAUCGUACUCCAAUCUUAAUAUGUGGGAUAACAAUAUGCCACACACACACACACACACUUACCUUGUCUUUCCUUGCCUACUCACAUCUUGUUUAAUAAUAUAUUUCUCCAGCUGAAUAACAUCUAUAAACAAAAAUUUGGAAGCGGAUUUUCUCAUGCAAAGGUCAACUCUUUCAGGUAUGUGGUAUCUCUAAAUACCUCGAUUUAUUAAGUGCCUUAAGACACACAAAAAAAAGGUGUAAAUUAUUCAUAAAACUAACUAAAGAAGUUGUUUGAUAGUUUGCAGAUUUAUUUUAAGUCCUAGAUGAAUGCAAUUAAAGAUGAAGAUAUUUACCAUAGUCCUGCUCUCUAAACCUCUUAUUGUGAUUAGCAUCUGUUGGGUAUCAGCACAAGUUAAAAAAGGUUUUCUCUUACAGUUCAGGCUCAGUUGUGGUGGACUCCGAGCUAAUAUUUAAGAAUGCAAGCUCAGUACCAGAAACAAGUUCUGUGGCAAAUACCCUGGUUGAGGCAUCCAACUCUGGCAACUUCUCCCUUCCGGUUGAUGCGUCAAGUGUUGUUGUAACAAGUAAAAGAAGUUUGAUAUAAAUUUUCAUAUUUAGUCUUAUGCAAUAAAAAAUAUUUUUAAAACUUCCAAAGUUUCUCCAAAUGCCACAGGUGUCUGACAUUGUUCUUGUUGUUUUCUAGGGACAAGUACAUCAACACCUAUACCUACAGCAACGAUGCCUGUCACCUCAGUUGCCGACAAUGUUACAUCCAAUCCAACUGCAGCUCCAAAUGUAACAGCUGCGCAGACAGCUGCUCCCAAUGCAACAGCUGCACAGACUGCAGCUCCCAAUGUAACAACUGCAGCUCCUAAUGUAACAACUGCGCAGACAGCAGCUCCCAAUGUAACAACUGCAACUCCCAAUGUAACAGCUGCGCAGACUCCUGCACCUACUGGGGCUCCAUCUAUUACAACAGCUGCACCAUCAAAAGAUUCCAAGGUCGCACUGUCGUUUAGCCUAAAGCAGAAUUUUACAUCACAACUUGCAAAUCAAUCAUCACCAGAGUUUAAGGAGCUAAAGGACAAAAUUGAAAACAAUGUAAGUACAAUGUAUUUUUAUUCCAGUUCAUGUUCUUGCACUUUUGCAAAAUGUUAAAAUUUGUAAAUCUUUCAUAACGUCAUACUCCAAUCUUAAUAUGUGGGAUAACAAUACGCCACACACACACACACACACACACACACACACACACACACACACACACACACACACACACACAUACCUUGUCUUUCCUUGCCUAAUCACAUCUUGUUUAAUAAUAUAUUUCUCCAGCUGAAUAACAUCUAUAAACAAAAAUUUGGAAGCGGAUUUUCUCAUGCCAAGGUCAACUCUUUCAGGUAUGUGGUAUCUCUAAAUACCUCGAUUUAUUAAGUGCCUUAAGACACACAAAAAAAAGGUGUAAAUUAUUCACAAAACUAACUAAAGAAGUUGUUUGAUAGUUUGCAGAUUUUUUUAAGUCCUAGAUGAAUGCAAUUAAAGAUGAAGAUAUUUACCAUAGUCCUGCUCUCUAAACCUCUUAUUGUGAUUAGCAUCUGUUGGGUAUCAGCACAAGAUAAAAAAGGUUUUCUCUUACAGUUCAGGCUCAGUUGUGGUGGACUCCGAGCUAAUAUUUAAGAAUGCAAGCUCAGUACCAGAAACAAGUUCUGUGGCAAAUACCCUGGUUGAGGCAUCCAACUCUGGCAACUUCUCCCUUCCGGUUGAUGCGUCAAGUGUUGUUGCAACAAGUAAAAGAAGUUUGAUAUAAAUUUUCAUAUUCAGUCUUAUGCAAUAAAAAAUAUUUUUAAAACUUCCAAAGUUUCUCCAAAUGCCACAGGUGUCUGACAUUGUUCUUGUUGUUUUUUAGGGAUAAGUACAUCAACACCUAUACCUACAGCAACGAUGCCUGUCACCUCAGUUGCCGACAAUGUUACAUCCAAUCCAACUGCAGCUCCUAAUGUAACAGCUGCGCAGACAGCAGCUCCCAAUGCAACAGCUGCACAGACUGCAGCCCCCAAUGUAACAACUGCAGCUCCCAAUGUAACAGCUGCGCAGACUCCUGCACCUACUGGGGCUCCUAAUGUCACAGCUGCACAGACUGCAGCUCCUAAUGCAACAAAGGCACCCACUGCUGCUGCACCAACAACAACAACAAAUUCACCUUCAUCCAGUGAGGGAACUCUGGCUUUAACGUUUAGUCUCAACCAAACAUUCACAUCAGAUCUCUCCAACUCUUCCUCAACAGCCUUCAAAACCUUGGCUGCAACAGUGGAAUCAGAGGUAAAAUAUAUAAGAAAUAAAAAAUUAGGUUUUAAAUUUUAAUUUAACUUUUCUCUCCGAGCCAUAUCAAAUUCUGAGUAAAUGACUGUACUUUUUUUUAUUACAGUUAACAAGAGUGGGCGAAAAGCUUUAUGGAACAGCUUUCAGUCGUGCAGUGGUCAACUCUUUCACGUAAUUCUCAAUUUCCUUAACCAUUUUUCAAUUGCCUUGCAAAUGUGAGUUAUUUAUACUGAUUUGCUUUCUGUCCUUGUUACAUCAGGAGUGGAUCAGUGGUUGUCGACUCAACCCUUGUGUUCACUAAUCAAUCUUCAGUUCCUUCAGCCAGCUCUGCAACCUCACAACUCAGCACAGAACUUAACAACAACUCAAGCCUGAAUGUCGUCAAGGGCAGUGUUAGUGCAAGUAAGUCAAUAAAGGACACUAAAUAAAUUGUAAGUCAUUAUAAUAAUCUUUUCCACAGACAAGAUGUUUUGGUGAGAACUUUCAUUCUAAUCUUUUUAAUGUUGGUACAGCUUCUCCAGCUUCUUCAACUGCAGCACCUAUUGUUACAGCAGCUGCAACUGCCGCUCCAACUGCUGCACAGACUGCAGCUCCCAAUGCAACAGCUGCACAGACUGCAGCUCCCAAUGUAACAGCUGCGCAGACUGCAGCUCCCAAUGUAACAGCUGCGAAGACUCCUGCACCUACUGGGGCUCCUAAUGUCACAGCUGCUCCAACUGCAGCUCCGACUGCAACAAAGGCACCCACUGCUGCACCAACAACAACAACAAAUUCACCUUCAUCCAGUGAGGGAACUCUGGCUUUAACGUUCAGUCUCAACCAAACAUUCACAUCAGAUCUCUCCAACUCUUCCUCAACAGCCUUCAAAACCUUGGCUGCAACAGUGGAAUCAGAGGUAGAAUAUAUAAGAAAUAAAACAAAGUUUUAAAUUUGAAUUUAACUUUUCUUUCUGAGCCAUAUCAAAUUCUGAGUAAAUGACUGUACUUUUUUUUAUUACAGUUAACAAGAGUGGGCGAAAAGCUAUAUGGAACAGCUUUCAGUCGUGCAGUGGUCAACUCUUUCACGUAAUUCUCAAUUUCCUCAACCAUUUUUCAAUUGCCUUGCAAAUGUGAGUUAUUUAUACUGAUUUGUUUUCUGUCUUUGUUACAUCAGGAGUGGAUCAGUGGUUGUCGACUCAACCCUUGUGUUCACUAAUCAAUCUUCAGUUCCUUCAGCAAGCUCUGCAACCUCACAACUCAGCACAGAACUUAACAACAACUCAAGCCUGAAUGUCAUCGAGGGCAGUGUUAGUGCAAGUAAGAAAAUAAAGGAAAUUAAAAAAAUAAUAGGUCGUCAUAAAAAUCUUUUCCACAGACAAGAUGUUUUGGUGCGAACUUUCAAACUAAUCUUUUUAAUGUUGGUACAGCUUCUUCAGCGUCUUCAACUGCAGCACCUGUUGUUACAGCAGCUGCAACUGCCGCUCCAACUGCUGCUCCAACUGCUGCACCAACUGCAGCACCAACUGCAGCUCCAAACGCCACAGCUGCGCAGACUGCAGCUCCCAAUGUAACAGCUGCGAAGACUCCUGCACCUACUGGGGCUCCUAAUGUCACAGCUGCUCCAACUGCAGCUCCGACUGCAACAAAGGCACCCACUGCUGCACCAACAACAACAACAAAUUCACCUUCAUCCAGUGAGGGAACUCUGGCUUUAACGUUCAGUCUCAACCAAACAUUCACAUCAGAUCUCUCCAACUCUUCCUCAACAGCCUUCAAAACCUUGGCUGCAACAGUGGAAUCAGAGGUAGAAUAUAUAAGAAAUAUAAGGUUUUUUUUGUCUGAAACAUAUCAAAAUCUAUGUAAAUGACUCUACUUUCUUAUUUCAGUUGAAAAGAGUGGGAGAAAAGCUUUAUGGAACAACUUUCAGUCGUGCAGUGGUCAACUCUUUCACGUAAUUCUCAAUUUCCUUAACCAUUUUUCAAUUGCCUUGCAAAUGUGAGUUAUUUAUACUGAUUUGCUUUCUGUCUUUGUUACAUCAGGAGUGGAUCAGUGGUUGUCGACUCAACCCUUGUAUUCACUAAUCAAUCUUCAGUUCCUUCAGCCAGCUCUGCAACCUCACAAAUCAGCACAGAACUUACCAGCAAUUCAAGCCUGAAUGUCGUCAAAGGCAGUGUUACUGCAGGUAAGUUUAUUCACAACUUUCAUGUUAAAUGUUUGUAUAGAUGGUUGAAUUAGCAUUGGCUUACUAAUUUUAUUUCAUUAAAUUAUAAAAUAUGUUUGUUUUAUGUUAAGGUUCAUCUGCUGCUACUACUGCUGCACCUAUUGUUACAGCAGCUCCAACUGCAGUUCCUACUGCAGCUGCAACGGCAGCCUCUAAUGCCACAGCAGCCCCAACUGCAGCUCCAACAGUAGCCCCAACUGCAGCUCCUACUGCAGCCUCUAAUGCCACAGCAGCCCCAACAGCAGCUCCAACUGCAGCUCCUACAGUAGCCCCAACUGCAGCUCCUACUGCAGCCUCUAAUGCCACAGCAGCCCCAACAGCAGCCCCAACUGCAGCCCCAACAGCAGCCCCAACUGCAGCUCCAACAGCAGCUCCCACUGCAGCUCCAACAGCAGCUCCAACUGCAGCUCCAACAGCAGCUCCCACUGCAGCUCCAACAGCAGCUCCAACUGCAGCUCCUACAGUAGCCCCAACUGCAGCUCCUACAGCAGCUCCCACUGCAGCUCCAACAGCAGCUCCCACUGCAGCCCCUACUGCUGCUGCAACUACUGCUGCUGCCACCACUGCAGCUCCAGUAGCAACAACUGCGGCCUCAAGCACAUCAACUGAUCCCCCUACAGCAAGUGAAGGCACCUUGGGUCUAACGUUCAGUCUCAACGAAACAUUUACAUCAGAUCUCUCCAACUCCUCUUCCACAGUCUUCAAAACUUUGGCUUCAACAGUGGUCACAGAGGUAAAAUAGAUGCAAACUCAGUUUAUUUGGACAAGGCAGAAAUGCAAGAGUUAGUUUAGUAAAUUUGAAAUAAUCCCAAGCAAUACUUUUUCCCCUCAUUUUCAAACAUAAGCAAUGCAUCUAGGUAUCUUGCAAAAUACCUGGUAGCAUUUGUUCUUCAUUGGUGCUUACAGCCAUUUGUUGUAUUUCUAAUGGUAAAAACAAUUAUGCUGUUUUUCAGGUAAACAAAGCAUGUACUAAUGCUUUUGGAUCAUCCUACAGCCGGUCCAUAGUGAACUCAUUCACGUAAGACAAAGUGUUUCAAACACUUUCCUCAAAAAAUGCUUUUCAUGUGCUCAUGAGGGUUUUAUUUUCCUAUUUUUUUCACUAUAGGAAUGGAUCAGUGGUUGUCAACUCAACCCUGGUGUUCAAGGAUAAAAGCUCAGUUCCUUCAGCAGACAGUGCAACCACACAACUCAGCAGUGAACUCACGAGCACAUCCCUGAAUGUUAUUGCAGGCAGUGUUUCUGCAGGUAAGUUUUCUGUUAACCGAAAAUCACACUUGAUCUAUUUAGGCUCUACAUUCAGCAGUGUUUGAUAGUAGAAUUGCACGUCAGUUUGAUUUUUUUUUUUUUUUUCUACCUAGGGUAA